AUCAUAACCGAGUUCAGUCAGAGAAGAGCAAGUCAGAACAGAAAGAAGCUUUCCAGAAUCACACAGACAAGACAGAUGAGGAGCCAUACCAGCUCAGGGUUUAGUAGUGAAUACAGCAUACAGACAGUAUUUACGUUCAAGUCUUACAGUUUUUGCUUUUCAGCUUCAGCUUUCAGAAUUUGCAAAGAGGUCAGAAGCUAGCAAGACAAAAGAGCAUGGUGAGGAUGUGAGAAACCCAGGAGCAUCGCUUGAACAGGUAAUUAUGUUUUUAGUUGUUCCUCUUAGGAAUAUUAACAACAAAUAAUGCAGUAUUCAAGUGUUAAGAGUUUCUAAGUACUGGAAAAAGUAUAUGCUAACUGUAGCUUUAAACUGUUAGUUUGUAGUUGCUGCAAAGUGCAUACAUUAUUACUCAAAUAAACAGUCUCCAAGAAAUCCUUACCUUCUCAUGAAGAAAUAUUUUUCAGCAACUUUUAAUGACUUGCCUCUGUCUGUUCAUUUGACAUGUUAAACACUAAAAUGCUGUAUGUGCUAACAUGUAAACUAUGCAGAUUUGACGUUUUAAAGCUGAAGUGUCUACAUUGAUUAGCAAUCCUUUAGCAGGCAUUUUCUUAACUGAAGUAGGGAUGUUAAACUAAAGUAAUGGGUUAUUGAUGAAUUAGAAGGCAAAUAGAUGGAAGCUAACACCCUCUUACAGGCACGCAGAAUGACUCAAGCACAACUCUCCCAUCUUUCUUUAGAUCUGUGAGCGAUACUCAGCGCUGCAGGUUCAGAGAGGUCUUGGCAGGAUGGGAAAUUUCUGCACAAGGAUCCCUGAGUGUUGUUUGUUGUCAUGUCUGUCCUCCUCCCCCACCUCCAGCCCCCUGCGAGAAAAUAGAAGCAGUCCAAGGUGAGUCAGCACGGAAGAAGCUGUUAAAGCAUUUGGCUGGAGCUUUAAAAGAGACAGGAGAUGAAGAGCUCUUACUUUAAAUUCCAGCUCUGAGAAGAAGUAUUAAAACUAAGAAAGCCUGAGUAGAUCCAUGCAAUUGGUUUAUUCAGUUUUCCUAUAAAACUAGUAAAUUUUCGUAGUUUUCUUGAGAUUUUCUUAGCCUUACAUCAGGUAUUCAUAUCUCAAAACAAACUAAACACACCUUAAGGGAAAACUCAAAGGGGAUUGUAUGUUUUGAAAUGGGACUCUUCGUAGUACCUCCUAAUAGUAAGAGUAUGAGCUUCAAGGAACCGAGUGAGCUUGGCUUUCAGGCGUUCUUUUGGAAACCAGAUGACACAAAUAAACACACGUUUAAACUGACUGUCAUUAUUGAUUAAUGACAUUGUUUGCGGGGUUUAGAGGUAUGCAACUUGAUGUGAGUGUCUUUAUUUGUGGAAAAGGGUGUUUGUCUUACCAGUGGGUCCAACAUUACACACACCAAAUCCCUCUGUGCUUAAAUGAGAGAGUGUGGAAGAUGCCCUCCGCAGCGCUUACAGCGACACUUGUUGAGGGGCUGCCUUCUGUCGCCAUCGUGUGGCAUUGCUGUUUUUCAGCCAUCUCUUGAUCUCUUCGACUACUUCACGAAAAUUGUAAUACCCCUCGCCGGCGGCGGAUUUAAAAUUGAGGAGAGGAGCUGAUGUGAUUGGUGAAAACAGGUCUUGGCUGUGUUAAACUCACUCCAUGCCUUCUCUCCACCCUCUCUACUACUUACCCUCUCUACUGGUAGGAGCCGAGUUAGGGAGGGGGGAUACUUUCGCCGGGCUGCACCACUCACCAAAAUAACAAAGUGUGCUUGGGCACAACUUGUCGGCGCGGUGGACCUGACUUACGCCGCGCCAUGUCGCCGGCGAGGCACGAAAAUAGAGCCCAUUGUGUUAGCAUCAGCGGGCAAUGUAUGGCGAAAGAAAUCCAACAGUUAUACUAUACAGUUAUAGACUCUUUGGUCCUUGGCAUCCAAAGUGACUUUUGUCAUCAUAUCCCCACUAAAAGGCACAGUUUUACUUUGGCCUCUGUGAACGAGUCAAAAAAAGAGGACUGAUCAUCUGUGUGCAGAAAUGUAAUCAUGCAGCAGUGACAUAAGUCAAACCUCCUACAGCAGGAUUAAGACAUUUCCCUGAAUUUGGACUAUAGUAGAGUAUGAAUGAAUGUGUAUGAGGAACAUUUUUGUGUGUGUUUUGAAAGAGGUACCAAACAGAACAGCGUGGAGCGGGGAUUUAAAAGUGACUGAUACAAGCUGAUGUUUUCCCCAAGCCUCCCUCGUGUCUUUGUGUUGCUGUAACACAGUAAUCCUCUCUUAUGUAACUGAGUGGAGUCCUCUCUCUAUCUCACUCGGAAAACUUCUUCUCAUAUGCACAUGGUCCUACACGUAUAGGUAUCGAUCACAACAGUGAGAACUUACAAAUUCAUAGGAAAGAAACAGGAAAAUCCUGCUGUCUGGGACUAACUGACAAAGUUACUGUAACAAGCAAGUUAUGAGAUUUCUAAUGAAAGAAGAUGAAGGAGUUGUACAGUAAGUGACGAGAAACUCUGAUAGAUUUUUCAGGAUACAAACAUGUAAUAUUCCUUGAAUUGUGUUAAACUCCGUAAGUGUUUUUCUACAUAAAGUUUUUGUUUGUUACCUUAGAACAGAUUAGUUUCAGGUUAUUUUAGUACAGUAGUAAUAUGUUGUGAUACUAUGAAGUGAAACAUGUUGAGCCCAUGAUUUUCUCUGUAAUCUCCUGUAAUAUCCCUCUUGUUUCUGUACUUUGGUAGCUCAUGUGCUUUUUUCCCCCCUUGCCUAAAAUGGAUAUUUGCAAAACGAAGAUUUUUUUUUUCAUUAUUGCUGGAUUUAUCAUAAACUGUUUUGUGUAGCUGUAUUCAAAACAACAGUGCAAUAUAAGUCGGGAAAAAAAAUCAAAAACAUGUCCCAAUGAUGUUCUUUUUGUAAAGCAAUCGCAGAUCACACAAAUACUUGAUUUGUAAUUCAUUCAUUCAUUCCACUAAAAGACAAAAACUACAACAGCACAUUUGAUUACCUGUGAGAAUAACCUAGUAUGUGGUUAAAGUAUGGCAUUCAGAUACAUCUUAUGACUAAAAAUGAAUAACUUUAUCACUCAUUUGCAUAUCUUGUGCAGUUUUUCAGGAAGUACAUAGAGGUGGGAUUGUGUAAUCAGUGCUUGUAUGCUUUUGCAGGUGAUAAUGCGGGAUCACACAUCUAGCGCUCAUAUGGAGGAGCUGCUAAGGCAGUCUCAGAUGGAGUUACAGUGGAUCCAGAGACAGCUGGCUAUGAUUGCUGCCAGAAACAUUCACCAUCAUCACCUGCGCUCAAAGGCUAAGGUACAGUACUGACGUGCUCUUUUACCAACAUCGCUCAUAGUCAAAGUUUUUGCCUGGAGCAGAAUUUGUUUUGAGGUCUGACACAGAACAGUUGCUUCUACAAAAUUUAGAGAAUAGCAAAGCCUCAUUUUGGCUGAACAGGCUUUAUUCGGAUGAGUUGGGAGCCCUUUGCAGCUUCUUGUGCAGAAAUUCUUACAGACGAUGAGGCUUUAUGUGCUUGUGCUGCAUCUUUAGAUGUGAUGUGGGUCCUAGAAGAGCUAAGGGGGUCAGCUGCACGCUUUUGUGAUGAUAUUUUACAUCGAGAUUGGCUGUAUGGAGGACAAUUUGUUUUAAACUUUAUAGGGAAAAAAGGUAGAUUUUUUGGUUGUAGUUUCUGAGAUCUCCGUUGAAAAAAUGAAAUGCACAAAUUUAUUAAAAAGCAUGAAUUGAGAGUUUAAGCUGCUACUGUACUUUUUGAGUUUCAUUUUCAAAAGCCGUAGAUAAAGUAAGGUGACUAAAUUUGACUCGAAGAAUAUGCCGUUUUCCUACAAACAUCUCUUGUGGGUCUAAGUUUGAUGGCGGGUUUGAGGGUCCUCUGCCUGCUAGCAUGUCAUCUCCAUAAGGACAAAUAUAGAGUGUAAAACUCCACCCAUAGAGUCUCAAACGUACAGCCAAUCACAAAGAGAAGAGAGUCAGCCAACCAUACUGUAUGACAUCACUGUGGCGCCUUUAAAUAAAACGCAUUGUUAUUACAACUACUGCUAUAACAACUGUUAAAAACUUAAUUUGUAAGAGAUUACAAUCUUACUCACUCUGACUGUCCUUAGAAAACUUGAACAUCUUUUCAGUCGUGCUUAUGAUAAUUUUCAACGCAAAAAGGAAAAUUGUUCUUUAUCUCUAUUGGCUCCUAAGCUUUUCCAGAGUUUGUGUUUGCAUUAGUCAGUUACACUUCAGUCAAGUACGAGGCAUGUUUAUGUUUUUUUGAAUAAGCUUUGUCCUCAUGUGACUUAAAUAAAUCAAUACAAGAACAACCCUUAACUGGGCUAAAGUAAUUCUUUGAUUUGAACUAAAGAUGCAGAAUAUGACAGUUUUUCUGUUUGCACUUUGACUUGGUGCCACAAACCAAUCACAUCUCAAACAAACACUUAACAAUUCACAGAUACUAUAAACUCAAUUGAAUUUGUUUGCACAAAUCUGUCAGUUUUUUCUCAUCUUUUACCUGAGCUGUCUGUAGCAAAUGUACACUACUGAUUAAGAUAAAUUAAGAAGGAAAAUAAAAACAAUGUUAAACUUCUCAAACCUUGACCGAUUACAUAAAAGAAGACUUGCCACAGAUCUGUAUAAGCACUCUGGUGUAAAAUAUCGAAUAGAUUUUCAUAGUAGGUCUUGCAUUAUUCAUACUGUAUUUUUAAAAUAUCAAGAUUUGUGGUUUUGCGAUGCAUAAUCAACUAGUUCAUCCUCCUAUAAGUUAUUAACCCACAGAACCCUCUGAGGUUUCAUUAGUUUCUCUUUACAUUACGAGUCCUUUAUAGAUACGGCCAGAAGAGGACAGCAAACACAUUUUGGUGUUCAGACUCCCCGUAGUUAAAGAGACAUUGCUGUGUUUUAGUCUUAUGGUAGCAGCUUGUAUGAAAUGACACAUUGCCUUCAGGUAUUUGCAUACUUAAAGGGGUCACUGAAUAUUUCUGCCCAAUCCAGUUUCCAUCUGUUCCUGAUCCCGAGUCUCACAUGGCUUCAUGUCAUGACUGGAAACCAAUUCACUGAAAGAGCAAUGUGUCUCUACUAAAGAUGGGAACAGACAGAGAGCAAGUGUUGCUAGGCAACAGAGUGGAACAGAGCGUACGUUUUUUUCCUUUUUUUUUUCCUCUUUCUCACACGCACACUUAGUGUCUCUUUCUUUCCGUCCUCUCCUCCAUCCUGUGCCUCUGUCCAAGUGUUGAAACAGUGAGUGCCUAAUGACAGCAAACACUGAGUGCCUUCUGCUGAUGUAACGUCACGAAAAAACCGCCACGCCAACUUAAUUUGAGUUCUCUGAUGAGGGAUUUAGAAGGGGUGAUGAGAGUAAAGGGAUCUUUGUGUUUGAGAUCUGUCCAACGACAUGAGAGUCUAGAGCUUGUUUGUAGCGAGAGGUAAGGCUUAAUUUCAAAGUAAACACUAACAACUCUGGAAAAAAGGGAAAAUAAUACUGAGAGGUGUAUUUAUGGAUGAAUGCUAUAAAUGCUGUAAUGUGUGGUGAUGGUUUACUUGCUUCAUACUUGUCCCUAUACAAAUAAACAUCAAUAAAUGAGAGGCUGUGUAUGAUUUAGACAGUAAGAAAUAGCAGAGAUGGGAUGCAUAUCUAAGUUCUCCUGUGUUUCAGAAAUUUAUAUGAAGGUCAAAAUGCUCAUCUUUGAUGUUAUGAUAAGACACCAUGAGUGUUGAUCAGAUGUACACAGUCUAUUUAGAUGAAAGCUGCCACGCAUGUCUGUUUUUGGCAUUUGUGACGUCGGUUUUUGGUCACUUGAACGGGGCGUGCACAAAUCUCAGUCUAAGCGUGACAAGGAGCACAAAAAAAGGAGGGAGGGGAGAUUUUAAACACACAAAUAAAAGAAGGAGAAGAUAGAGAGCGUAAACAGAUUUAGGGGUGGUACCAAGGGACUGUGUUUGUGUCUGAGCUGUUUCAGAUUUUACUCAUAGACUUCCAGCCUGUUACAGUGACAAACAGACAAGCAAGCUACUAACGCCGGAGACUGAAAGCCCACAUGGACACCGGCAGUACACGUGUACUCACACGGAUGUGUCACGUCAGCCUUCACUGCCAGCUUGUGAUGUGACGGGAAGGUAAGACAGUCAUUUUGGGACAAGUGGCUCUCUGCUUUCAAGGAGGAGACAGUACCUUCAUUCGUGUUGUCAAAGGCAUAGAUGUUUGUCUUAGUCCCUCUUUUUUUAUCUGAUACUGUGAUCUUCUUGAUGUAGAAGGAAAAAGAUAAACAAGUUGCUGUUGUGAUUUAGAAAAAUGUGAUAACUUCAGGGGAAUACAAGGUAUUCUCUUCGUCAGGUGUCGUAAUGGAGUGUUUGUAAAUGAAAGUGGAUUGAGAAGUUGAUCAGAUUCAUUGAAAACAGUAUAAACCCCACCUCAGAUGAAACAAACUUCUGCCUGAUAAAAUUGGAAAGCUCAUUUUCUCCUAAAUAUUUUACAUUCCCAUCUCACCGCAUCAAGCAACACUCAUGCAAGUAUUUCACUCACACAGCAGAUGGCGUUAUGACAAUCUAUUUAAAUCACGUCCAGUCGAAAUGAGAUUACCUUGGGGUAUCCUGGUGGCACGGUUGGCUGAGCACACACCACUUAACCACGAUGCCCUUGGUUCAGAUCCAGCCCCCACAUGCUGCUUUCCUAUUUCUCUUCACAAUGUCCCUCCAACAUCAGUCAUCCAGCAAGCAGAAACACCAUCACAUGACGGAGGGAUAUGAAUGAUUGAAUGAGUACACACUUCACUGUGGAAGUGAUGAAUAGCAACUGACUUGAAAUGAUCAUAACACCAAGAAAUUCUUACUAAAAAGCCCCUAUUAUAACAUAAUUAUAUGUUGUAACAUCUUUUCAGCUACCCACACUAUCUGCUUGGCUAAAUCAACAGUUACUCAUCUGCCACUUGUUCAUUAUAUUUAAAUGGAAUAUCUAUUCACAAUGUACUAGUGGUGCAACGGAUCACAGGUAAUACAUGAUUAGUUUGGACCACAUGCCAAUCAGGGAUGAAUGAUAAUCACAGUAGAAAUAAGAUUUUUGCUCAUAAAUCUUGGCCCUCAGUCUGGAGAAUAGCAGUAUGAAUAUAAAGGAAUGCUGGGCUGGUAUUUGAUAUUGUUCCUCUAGUUUUGCAGGUCAAAUUGUUCAUAUUUUUAUGUGAUAUUUACUUUGUAGUCAGCUUGAGGUUGAGUGGUAUCUGGCAGUAUCAGUAUUAGAUAAGUUUCUCCACAACCUGCUGUUGUCUGUGGCUGUACACUUAUUUCUCCAACUUUGUUAAACAGCGCUGUGUUUGGUCCGAAACUGAGGAUAUACUCCCUAACAUACAGUAGCUUGUAUUAGAAUUCAACCGACACACACAACUCACAAAGGUGCGCACAUAUCACAAAACAAAGAGUGUGUGUGUGUUACUUAUAGACUGUAUAUAGAAUAGACACCGUCUGCCUCCUUGCUGGGUGAAGCCACCGGGAGAUCAGCACCCUCUGGUGACAGGCUGCAGUAUAGGUCAUAUAUACCCCACCUCGUGGGAUGUUCUUCCCAUGCAUGCAUGGGUUCUCUCCGGGUACUCCGGCCUCCUCCCACAGACCAGAAACAUGCUCAUUAGGUUAAUUGGUGACUCUAAAUUGUCCCUAGAUAUGAGUGUGAGCGUGACUGGUUGUCUGUCUCUCUAUGUGGCCCUGCCAUUGACUGGCAACUGAUUCAGGGUGUACCCCGCCUCUCACCCGAUGACAGCUGGGAUAGCCUCCAGCCCACCCGUGACCCUGAAAGGGAUAAACGGUAUAUAAAAUGUAUGUGUGAAUGGCUGUGGUGCCCUUACCUCCUACAUCUUUGCUGAUUUUGUUUUGAACAUGUGUAGGUAGUGUUUUCUGACUAAAAGUCUUGUUACUUGAUUUGGGUAUUUACUGUUAAAAAGUUGAAACAGGGCAAUUCUGAUGCCCGUUGAUAGUCUUGAAAUGACUGUCAGUUGUCGUCAGUUUCUAAAACUCCUCAGUGAAGUUUCAAUGGACGUAGUUUGGAGGUUAAAAAUAUGAUUCAAUUGAUGCAGCUUUUUCAUUUCACAGGCUGCUUCACUCAGAUUUUGUAAACGCAACUUCUAAAUUAAAAGGUCAGACUGCUUGUUAUUGUUAAUAUUAUUGCCAUGCUGACAUAUUAAAAACACAAACCAGCAAGAAUCUUUGGUGAUAAAGUACCUCACACUGUUUGGUAUGAUGCACACACACCAUUCAGAAGAGAGGACCCACAGCUUCAUUUAUAAACGCUGGUAUCAGGCUUGUAAAUCAGUUUCCAACACAGCCUGAUUUUCACAUUUCCCAAAUGUUGCCCUGUUUUUUUCUUAUACUUACUCAAAACGUCAUUUAAAGUUCAUGUUUUGCUGAACUUGAGGGAAUGUUCUCUCACAAUCAGACUGUGUUUUUCUUUCAACAAUAUUGAAAGAUGUAACAGGGGAGACAAGCCGUUUUUUAAUAAAAAUGCAAGGCAACACUGGAUAAGAGCAACUUGCAAGAUAUUGUAACAGAUGUAGACCGGCACCUCAGAAGGAUUAUUGUUUGUUUGGAAUGAGAACCAACAAGGAAAAUAAAAACCUAAUAUUAAAAGCAGACACAAAGGAAAGUCUUUUGUUUGAAGUCAGAGUCUCAGUUUGUCGGCUGGGGUUUCUAUUGUUUCAUUGACUGUCUAGUCUGCACUUUUUCUCUAACAAAUGGUUCGAUCCUUGUUCUUCUUUCCAGAUAAUCCUGAUCUUUCUGCUUGUUUGCAUUUCUUUGUUUUCAGUAACUUAUAAUCAGUCUGUAGGUUUUAAUGAUAUCAGUCUUUAUUGGAAUAACUGAUUCAAAGCAGUGCUGCAGGGCUGGUUUUCUGGAAGUGUGUGAGACAGCACAGUUUUGGGAGUAGAUGAACGGUCCUGAAUGUGUCACUUCUCACCGUGUCCUUUUUAACCCCGUCCCCCUUCCUAGCACACAUUUAGCAGGAAAUGUUGUUAGUAUUUCCUGUUGCCCCCGAGCACAUGAGUGCGUCAUGAUUCCCAAAGUGUGACGCAGCUGCUGUCAGAGCGGCUUUAGCAGCUCCCUGGGUACGAUGAUGAUGUCUCCCAAGUGGAUGACACAAAUUGAACCCUGUCCAAUGAGGGACUGGUGGCAGCUGUAGCCUCUAUUGUCUGCUUGAUGGAUGAUUCGCUGAUUGAACAUUGCCAGGUUUAGACGUCUUUUGCACUCAUGAUGAACGGCAGAAAUAUUUGAUUCAAUCGUGUUGUUUUUAUUUUUUCAGUAGGUGGAAUGAAAAGUCUUGAAGCUGAUGGCUUCAAUGGAGCUGAUUUCCUCUUCCUCCUGUAUUUCUUAUGUAUGUUUUUAAAGUCCCACUCUUAUCAUUUUUUUUUAAAGUGUUCUCAGUGGGUUUUAAAUCAUGGUUGUGAAGUUUUUUUUUGCCAAAAUCAUGUUACCUGUGUCAUUUUCAAGGACUUUUCUUCUGCAGAGCUCCAGUAGCUCAUUCGCCUCUGAGUCGUGGGUGGAGACAGCGCUGCUCUGCACACUCGUCUUCACGUUAGCUUGCAGCCUAACAUUGCUUGUGCAGCAGAAGUGGCGGGUAACAUAGGGGCAUUUCAGCUCUUGGACACGAAUAAAGCUAAUAUCAUAAUUAGCUUUCUUACGAGCAUUGCAAUCCGCUGACACACACGCUUGUUCCUCGAUCGUCCUCUGUAUUUCUCCUCUAACUGCAGUGUGUGGCCUGCAUAGUGGGGCUUCAGGGGCGGAGCUUGGAUUGGUUACGUAUAAAAUAUCAUUGUUUCUGAACCUGCAGUUUGGGUCUGCCAGAGAUUCACAGCGAUUUGAAUAAAUACUCAGAAAAGCAAUUUCGCAUCCAGUUUUCUCAUGACAUGUCCUGUAGCAUCAGAAAAAUGCCAAAUGAACAUAUAAAAAAAGAAAAGAAAAACAUGAUUUUCAUCUGACAGGAUCUUGUUAGCAGGUUAAACAAAUGAGUUCUCAUUUCUUCCUUCUUUGAUUUACUCUCAUUUUGUGCUUCAGUACUUUUCUAGUGAAACAACUUGUGUAUCAGUUCUCACAUGGAUGUCCAUAUGGCUAAUAUCACGCCCGCAAUAGGCUGUUUGAACGUGUUAGUCUGUUUGAAAAAUCCACAUUACUGGUUGGCAAGUACACCCGUCUCUCUGUCUGUUCUUGGAAAGUCCACUGUAUCACCACCGGUGGGUCUAUCAGUAGGCUCGUCUGCUUGGCAGAUCUGCAACAUUAGCAGGUGGAUCUGGCCGUCUGUCUGUCUGCUUGGCAGGUCCAUCACGCUGGUGUUGGUAGCCCUGCCUGUCAGUGUGAAUGAACAUAUUUCCUGUAACUUUGUUUGAGUAUUUGUUUAGAAGAGGAUGGUGGCCUGGUCUCCGUUCAGGGGAUCUAGCUGUUUUGUUUGCAUGCGAGUUCUUUUGUCUGUUGACAAGAUACCAAAGUCUCUGGUAACAUGCUUGUUGAUAACUCUGUAAACUGAUUUCAAAGCCAUCUGUUUGCUGCCCUCUCAGGGGUUAAUAAAAGGGAAAAAAGGGCUCCAGGAGAUCAGUGGGCUGAUAUUUUCACAUCUCCCAUUACUCUGCUCCAAAUGGAUGAAGGUAAUAUGAAUUUUGGAGAGAGCAGAGAGAGGAGAGGAAGGGAAAAAAGGUGUACAGGCUUCAGAUGGAUGCAGCACAGGUCUCUCUUGUAGGGUGGUAAUGCUCCCCUUUUAUAGCUGUGGUACUGUUGGAGUGGUUGGGUUGGAUAAGUGUCUUUUUUAGGAGGCAAAUGGGAAGACUACACCACAUUUGGGAGUUUAGAUUACAGCCCUCCAGAAAGUUCCCGUGUCAUGCAUUUAUAUUACUCAAAGCAGUCUGGAGAGGAGCAUCAAAUCCAAUUUGAGAUUAAUUAACAGUUUUUUUUUUUCUCCCUGUGAUAGAAAACAGAGCGCAGGCCAUCCUCACGUCUUUUGGGGGUGUUUAUAAAGGCACAGGCAGAGUUACAGCCAAUUAUAAGCUUCCUUACCUCUAUGGAAAAAAAUGCUUGUUCUGUGAUGUGAAAUUUGUAAAAGUACAAAAUUUACAGCAACGCAUUUUUCUUUCAAAACAAGACACACUGCCAAUUCCAAAUGUGGCAUUAAAUGGAUGCUUGGCAUGAAUUUGAAUCAUCUGAACCUAACACUAAACUAUUUGCAGACCUCAAGAGAAGCUGGCAGACUUCCCGUUACAGAUAAGCUUGCUAUUUUCAUUGUGGGUUCAAGUCCAUCAAGUAAAUUUAGAAGAAAAAAACAUAACAAAAAGAUGUAACAAAAUAACUUUCUAACAAUCAAAAUAUUUAGUUUUGAGUCUGAGUCGAUCACUAACAAACAGUAAAUACCAUUUAUCUUAAGUUCAAUUCAUACAACCACAAUCAUCAUGGGUAACUCUGCCGCCAAAGAAGGAUGGUAAAGAAAAGGCCGACUGUUGACGGAGUGUUGUAUUAAAGUAUAUCGAUAAAAAGUUGACUGGAAAGGAAAAGUGAGGUAGAAAAAUGUGUCAACGUAACCAGGAUGACCACAGUCUGCAGAGGGGUGUCAAGAAAAAUUCAUUCAGAUUCGAGAAGUGAACUGUGGCUGGUGUGCAUCACACAUAGAUGUCUUUAGGAUCAAGGCUACACAUUUCUAAUAUUAAGCUACAUCUGAGACGAUCAGGGAUAACAUCUGAACAUCAAGUGUCUUAUCCAGGCCGAGGAGAAAAAGAAAAAGUGAUUCAUAGUCCUCUUUUGAGAUGAAAGUUAAUUUUGCACUUCAAUUGGAAAUCAAGGCUAAAGAGUGUGGAGGAAGAGUAAAGAGUCACGGAUCCCAAGUGUUUGAAGUCGGAUGAAAAGUUUUUGCUCAGGAUGAAAUAGGUUGUCAUGUCUUUUGCAGUCAGGGAAGUCAUCUACUGGAAGAUUUGGGAAUAUUCAGUGUGCCCUUCUGUUGGUUAGCUAGAAGAUGCCUGUUUCCUUUUCCAGAGGGGCUUUGCACCCGCCCACCGUGCCAGGACUUUGACUAGGGUUUUGCUUACCAUGGUGUUACUGCGCUGGAUUGGCUAGCCAACUGUGCUGGUCUAAACUCCAGAAAUAAUCUAGAUAAGAGGAAAUAAGAUCAGUAAGAGCCACAAAGUGCUUCGAGUCCAUUUGGAUGUAGGAACUGCUAAGCAGGUUUAAAGGCAAUGCACUGAAGCAACCAAUUCAAGACUUUUCAUCAUCACCUUUAAUUAAAAUGUCUUCACCCCGAUAACUACCAAAGUACUAAGUGCUGGGUCACUAACAAAGAGCUGAGUACAAAAAUACCAGGAGUAGAGCAGGACAGUGUAGACCAACAGUAAGUGGAAGUAAUGCUAUUUGCUACCAUGGUGACAUGUAACGGCAGUAAUUUACAGUAAAGGAUCCCCAACCAAGUUCAAAGUAUAAGAAUGAAGACAUUUUUCUGAUGUUUGGGAUCCCUUUAUAGAUUUUUUUUUUAAACGAGUUUGGGAAAUAUUCAAACAGUUUCAGAAACAGUUUUUUUUUACGUUCCUAAACUAUAAGCCAUAACUUUAUUAAUAAAGACAUAAAAAGCCUUUAGUUACUUUAAAUCUAAUAAUUCAGUAUAAAUAUGGAAGUUUACCUUUUUGAAUAUACUGAGAGAAAAAUUACCUUUUUUUUUUUUAAUUCUGAUUUCUUGAGAUGUACCUGUGUAUUUGGAGUCUUGUAGGCUUUGACUUGGUGAAGUACGCCAACUACAUUUUCAAAAUACGACCAUUCAAAAUACCAGAAGUUUGCGAUCUCCUCCUGAUCUUCCAUUUCUUCUCUUUGUUUUUUUGCAGUCCAGAUAUGAAGUAUCAUCUCAGCAAGCUUUCGGACACUCGGCCCACAGCGUGAAUCGCUUUCACGUCUUGGAGGAGAGAAACCAAGCUCUGAAGCUCGAGUUAGCCACACUGCGCCAAGAGAAGCAGCAGUACAGGAAACUGGUAAACCUCUUCUCUCACACAGAUAACCUCUUUACAUCCCCUCAGUCUGCUCUGUUCACAAAGUCAACACUUUAGGUUUUAUUUACCUGCAAACAAGAACAAUACAUGUUCACUAAUACCCCUCCCCUUGAGCUGAAACUAUGAAGACAUUAUUAUCGUGGCGCUGACAGCUUGUACCGACACUGUUAGUCACCGUGGUGAGUUGUUGUCCAUGUUGCAGCUUUUAUUCUUCAAGGACGCAGCUGUGUAAAUGGGUGUGACUGCAUAUACAAUCCCUUGUUUGGUCUCCAUCAUAGAGUCAUGUGGGCAUGUGUAAUGUGGUAAAAAGAGAUAAGGAAGGGCGUGUGGUUUGUGUGUGCGUGUUGGGGGGUCAUGUAUAUUUUCCCAUGCCCUGUAUGUACGUGCAUGCAUUUGUGUAUUUAGUAAAUUUGUCCUUUGGAGGCCUCCCCCAGGUGGUCUCGGAUGACAAGGUGUGUGAGCCGUUGUCUUAGCAACACGCCCAUUUGCAGGAGUGUGGACAGACUGUAAGAGGGGAACUGACAGAGCAUAAAAGCUGCUGCUGUUAUAAGCUUCAAUGGCUUGAAAUACUUAAACAGAGCAGAACCCACAUGCUCCAGCCUGCUUUCACAAAAAUAACGCUGAUAAUGCUUCAUGCCUGUUUAUCUGCAAGGCUAAAAGCACCUUAUCACGUCGUAUUUGUUUUGAGAUUGAGAGCGUUCUAGUUUCUAAAAUUAUGUGGUAUAGAAGCAUAAAUUAGUUCAUAUUUCAGUGCAGAGUGACUAACAUAAUUUACUACACUCAUGGAUUUGUUGCCUUCAGAGUUAGAUAUGGAAUAAACAAAACUCCCUGUCAAUCAUUUUCCCACUAAUAAAAAUUAAACACAUUUAAAGUGUUAAAGUCACCCCAGACCUCUUAAUGAUUUCAUUUUAACAUAUUAGACAAGAAAUAUACAUAUAUUUUUUACUAUAAAGUGUCUUCUUGAAUGUGCUAACACCUUUUUUGUACAUAGUGACAUUUAUGGCUAACUGCCCAGUAUGAGAUUUUGUAAGUUUUCACAGCCAAAACCUUGGCACAAACCCUGCCCUGUUGUUUGUCAUCAUUGAUAACAUGCAGCAGUCAGCAACAUAACUCUAUAACGUUAUGUAAUUAUGUGUAUGUUAUGUGUGUGUGUGUGUGUGCGUGUGUGUGUGAGAAAAGAGACAGAGAUGGUGAGUGAGUGAGAUUGUGUGUUUUUCUUACGGGAGGUUGGAAGUAGUCCAGCUGGGUGCCUGGAAGUCUAUUUACUGUCACUGCUGACAGCUACAGUAUCACAGACUGCAUCAUGGUCAUUCAUGCAAAGACAAACUCAGCUUUGGAUCAGCAGGACUAAGAAAAGCUCAGUCAUGGAGGAGGUUUUACUCUCUUGGAUUUGCUUAUGCAGAUAUACUAUGGGAUUACAAAAGACAGAGGUUUUAAUACCAAUAUCCUCAUUUUAUGUUCAAUCUUGAGGGAACGCAUGAUGAGGUUGAGGCUGACUGUUGAAGACACAGGGAUCCAGACUAAAAUUAGAUUAUAUGGAGGAUAUAUGAUUUAGAGAUGUGCUGGUGGGAAACAAAGACUUUGGCGCAAAACAGAUGGCUGAUGAUUCAGCGAGCGGUGGUUUGAAUGGAUGCUUCGUUGACAGCUUACAGGGUUAGUUAUUGCUUUUAUAAUUCUACUUCCUGCACAAUGUAAUGGUUGUCACAAGAAAAUGAUACAUGUGUGAUGUUACAAACCACUGCGUGCUCCAUCACACAAAAAGGGGCUGGUUUCAGGGGUUUUAAGGUGGUAUUCGAACCACAAUCACUGCAUCGUUUUAUUGCAACUUCAAAUAUCAAUUUAGAUCUUUGUAGCAUUUGAUUCAAACUCAUUAUUUUUCCACCUUUUUGUAUCCACCUGUCUUCUGGCAGUAUAUGCUUGAUCCCUCCCAAAUCAUGCAAACUUAUUUUAUCAAACAAAAAGCCGCUUGAUCAGGCAGUCAGCAGAUGGCCUACAAUCAGUUCUCAUGGCCAGAUUCUAGUACAUAUAGGUAAAAAUCUGAGGUUGUUUGCUGGGAAAAAACCCCACAAAGCUUUAGAUUUGUUGCCUGGAAACAAUCUAUGAAUGACAGUCAGAAAGCAGUACCUCAGGUAGGAAAUGACCUUCUGUUUGCAGCUAAAAGGCCACAGCUGUAUCCCUGGACACCAUCUCUAUGGCAACAAUUGUGUAGCGCUCACAACGGGCCCCACUCAGCUGAUAGUCCUCAUGAUGAUAUGGGCUGUCCCAGUGCGAAGAGGAACAGUGAUCUAAUCAAUAAUCACUAAUAGUCUGUGUUGUCUCAGCUGACCCAGUAAUCUCCAUUUUUACUCCCCCUAAUCAAAGACACACAGAUGAACUACAGGUUAUCAUAGCGCAGUGUUAAAAACAAUACCACUACUACAUACCAGAUGUUUAGAAACGGCAGCAUUUGGCCUCCCACAUCUCUUAUGAAGAUUGAUCUAAGACAGGAUGUGUUUGGGCUUUUAUUAAUUUCAUUUAUCUGGAACAGGGUACUCUCAGAUGGCACAAGUUAACUAGAUAACUGGAUUUCCUUUUUCAUCCCCGGUCUUGUGACUUCAGGAUUGGUGUUAUCUCCACGAAAGAGUCUUCAGAAGGAACCAUAAAACAAAGGGGUCACCUAACCUCUGUGUAGCUCUUUUCUCUAGAUAGGAGACUGACAGAUUGUAACUAAACUAGAUCUGGUAGCCUAGUUAGUUUGUCGGCGAGCGAUUUGAUUAGAUGAGGAAAUACAAAAACAUUCUUGAAGACAAACCAACACAGUCAGAACAAAUCCCGCUAAUCAAACUGGUACAUGCUAAUGUUGCUUCUAUUUUAAAAUUUUAAACCAGUUAUUAAGACAGGACACUCUCUGAGAGACAAAGAAAAUAUGAUCACUAAAACUAGGGUUAGCGUUAGACCUUAUGUCUUCUUUUACCCAGACAUGUCCCCUUUUUUGGGGGCUGUCCAACCUUGUCCCGGAGAGUCUAUAAAAUCCCUCAUAAAUCAGGGGUUUUGUAUGGAAGUUUUGAGUUUGUGUCUCAUGAAUUUACUGAGUUAGAAGUGCUUAAAAGACACUCGAUACGACCUAAAAAACUCUCAAAAUUAACUUCGUGCAACUCCGUGUCUCCGUCCCUGCGUAGUCAUGUCCUCUUUUGGGGGAUUCAGAAUGGUCACCCUACUAAAAACCACAAAACACAUAAAUCUUCUGUGUAACUUUUCCUCUUUGUUAAGGUAAAGAAUAUGACUAAUAAAGCUAUUCUAGUCCUUGAUGAAGGUUACCCUUUGUAUGCUCACUAAAGGUUAUAAUUAUGAGUUUGCAAAACUUUGCUGUUGUUGAUUUAUAGAGAACAAUUAUACGUACGGAUCCUAAUCAAAACAUUACCGCCUCACUCUGCAUUCUGCAAAAAGUUGUCUUGAACACAGAAAAGUAGUGUCUGUAUUCUAACUAUUUGCUUCCACAAAUAAUACAAGCUUUGGCAUGAGUUACAUCUGUAUGAGUGUAUGUGACGAUACUUAGGAUAAUGCAGUUUUAGUUCCUGAAACACACCAAUGAUACAAUCCAAAAGGGUUACCUGAAUCAACCAAAGAUGAAAACUCCUGAAAGUGUCCCAGCUUACUAUACAGAAAACAUGGCCGACAUUGAUUCACAUUAAUUUAAAACUUGAUUACAUUAUUUUUUAUUUUUUUUAACCUCUUUUCAUAUCUCUAUUUUUUGUCUCAUACACCUUUAGCUUUCCAUAAACAACCUUUGGUCCCUCACUCAUCUUUUUUUUAUGAUACUUUGUCUCUUUUGUCUCCAUUUUUUCUCUUCCAUAAAGCUCCUUCCUUCUUAAUGUCCUAAUGCUCAUACCCAGGCAAAAGAGCUGGAGCUGGUCUGGCCUGUGCAGCUUCAUGCUUCCAGUAAUUGAAGUAGACAUGAUGUAUAUCAGGGUCAGCCAUGCCAGCCUGUAAUCAGAUUUCAAACAUUUUCUUUUGGUUUGAUUCACAAAACUUUGAAUGAGUUAAAAUCAUUUCCUGUUUGUCUGUUUAUCAUAUUUUUAUGAUUAGAUAUCUUACAUCGCUGCUUCCUUUGCAACCGUAGCUGAUAUUUACGUUGGAGCUAUCUUUGGAAAAAAAUGAGAAAAGGUCUGUGUACGAUGGCAGAGUAUUUUGUUCUGAGUGAUACAAAGACAGAUUGUUACAUAAAUGUCCAGCGCUGGCUGCUUUUCAGAGGGUACACUCGACAACACAAGUGUCUGAAACAAAUUUGUGGUCCAUCUCAUGGGAACACUAAAUCAUACAAGCCUUUAAAGUAGAAGGGGAAUAAAUUCUGUUGCAUCAGAGGGAAAAAUGUGCUAAAAAUAUGGUGCUGUCAAAAUGUAGGGCCCUCCUGGAUUAAUUGAAAAUCCCCUUAACCGGAUUAAAUCAUUUUAGGGGCUAACUGUGGUUUACCCACACUCACGCUGACACAUGCAUGGACACGCAUGAGCCCCCACGCAUAAUCUGAUGUCAAUAUGAUAUUAAUAAUUACUCAUUGUGACAAGGCAGUGUAGGCAGUGUGAUAGCAAGUAGUCUGUGUUGUAGUUGAAAGCGAAAAGCUGUGAAACUGUGAGGAUUAGCGUUGGAACUGAGUGAAAAUGGAAUAAUUGGUUGCAUGGGGAUAAAAUUAAGCAUCAUAUUUUCAUGCCUGUAAAGUUCAAAACGGGAAACACUUUCUUGGGUUUUGUUAACAGUGCACAUUUUAUUCAAGAGACACACACACAAAAAAUUGUGAAUAACUUGGCAGGGGUUCUGUCAUUGGAGUAAAAUGACCGAAACUGUGAUUAUGAAACAGUUUGUUAGUAACCUUGAAAGAUGGCUGUGAAAUGUUUGGGCUCCUUUCUACAGAAAACUGAGCAGUUCUGCAUUCACCACAUUCAUAUGAAGUUUAUCCAUGGUCUAAUUACACGUCUCUGAGGAAGUCAGAGUUAGUCUGUCUGUCUUUUUGCUGAGUAAAUAGCUGCUCCUCUAUUGUUGAGUUUGAAAAAACUAUUUCAUGGUUUGUUAUGAAAUAAUAAACAAAAGCAUGUGGUUCCCAGAGAUAUUUUGUAAUGAUGUUUCUGUCAUUACAGAGAUUGAUUCUUUGGUUUUAAAUAAGUGUUUGUUGAUGAUGAAUGAGCUGCCAUCAGCCCUAUCUUUUCAAUGAAUAUCAUGCUAAGUAUUAGUGUUAGCAUUUUGAGUGUGUUGAGAUUAUAUUUGGGCUUUUUAGGCUUUUAUUAAAUAAGUACAUGACAGUAAUAAAAGUGGGAAAGAAGGGAAGAGAAAGUACAAAAGGCAGGGGAUGAAAUUUGAACCUGAGAUGGCUGAGGAGGACUACAGUUUCUGUACAUUCAACGCACAGUUUAACAGCUGAGCUAAACCUUAGGUUGUAUGAUGUGAUAGGAUACGAUAGGAUAUGAUAUAAUACGGUACGAUACAGUACGAUACGAUAGUGCGAUAAUGUUCUGUAAUGUUCUGUUGUGUACAGAGUCGACAGCCCGCGUUUGGCUUGAGCGCUCAAUGAUGUUUCCAGCUUUUGUAGCCAAUCAGAGGCGAAGGAGGCGGGACUUUCCCCCUACCACCCUACAAAAAAAUAUAUAUACAUCGCGUCCGGGGAUGAGUUGAAACUAUGGGAGAGGGGUGUGUCGAAUACAGUGAGGUGAUUGGAUGGGGAGGCAGAGCAGGAGAUUUACCAAUGGGAGCAUGGGGUUCAUGGGCUGCGUGAUCACAGACAACAUCUCGGCACUAUUUAGUAGCAGCGCAUGCCCUUCUUACUUGUGCUUCCUACCCAUUCGGCUACUGUAAUAACCGUUGUUCUAGCCUUCACGCAACAUUUUUGUUCUCAUUCAUGAAACGCUUAAAUCGGGGACAUUUUCGGGGACAGCUUUUGCCGGGGACAGGACAUCCAAUUCGGGGACUGUCCCUGGAAAUCGGGGACGUCUGGUCCCCUUACACCAGAGUUCGAGGUCAGCGUUCACACCGCACCAAGGGGGUAAACGCUCCAGGGUUCGGUUCAACCAGACUAAAUGAGGAUGGUGUGAACACGCCCUAAGUUUAUCAUCCAACACCCGGCCCUUCAUGGUCACUGAAAAAAAAAAGGCUACCAGUGAAAAGUAUAAACUAUGUCCUGCUGUGUUAAUACUAUAACACCAGUGCAUGGUAAUAAUAAUGGCAUCAGUCAAGACCAUGUUCAAUUAGCAUCAUUAAUGCAGACACAAAUUGGGGGCAGGAGAGAGAAGGCAGAGUCUGUCUGGCAUUUCACUCAAUUUGGCAGACAGACAAGAAGGUCCAGACUACAGAGCAGCUUUCUAAUAAAACACCCUUAUUUUAGUAUCCCAGACUCCAAGAUGUCUGCUUCCCAUUGCCAAUGAUACUGCUAGCACCUCACAGUCCUGAUGCUUUCUGAUGUAGCUGACGGUUGUAGCAGUGGAGCUGGCUGAUUAAUUCAACAGAGUGGAUUUCCGCAGAUCGCUGCACACGCGUACAGCGUGAGAGAGAAAGAGGGGAAAUUGAGCAGAGGAAGAGAGAGAGAGAGAGAGAGAGAGAGAGAGAGAGAGAGAGUGCGCGGAAGAGAAAAGGAGAAAAUGAUGGAGGAAGAAGGGUGUAAAGGAGGAGGGUCUUCGGGGGUGGGGAGAGAGUGAGAGGAAAGGGAGUAUAGGAAAGAGAGAGUGUGUGGAGAGGGGGCGGAGGAAAGAGAGAGAGAGAGAAACACACACACACUCACACACGCACGCACGCACACACGCAGGCCCCGGAGCUGCUACUGAUGCUGCUGAUGCUGCUGCAGCCGUUUGACAAUUCCCCACCCAGAGAGAGCAGGGAAGAAGGGAGGAGAUCAGAGCAAGGAGGAGGAAGGAGUAAGCGACACCUCAGUCAAGAUGCUGCCGUGCUAGCCAACACUCACGGUAAAUACUGCUCCUUUAUCACCACUCUGCGUCCUCUUUACUGCUGCUGUGUGUCUGUCUCUGCAUCGGCGGCCCAAGUGUGUUUGUGUUUGAUUUAGCUCUUGUUGAAGCUCUAUAUAUAGAGCUCAGGGUUAGCAUAGCCAAGCAGCUGGGGAAAAGCUGUCAGUGCAGCUGCUGCAGGAGGCGGCAGACGUCCACAGAGAGGUGGAAAAGAAGAGGAGGAUUUGUUCAUUUCUGUGUCUUCUGGGACUCACUGAGAGGGGGAGAAAAGACACAUUCAGCUGGGUCUUGGCUGUGGCAGAGACACCUGUUUGGAGAUGCGUGGGUGUGUGUGUGUGUGCGGUGUGUGUUGAGGGGUGGGGGGUGGGGUCCCGGUGUAUGAGUCUAAUGGUGUGUUUGUGGCUGCAAAAAGAAGCAUGUGUGUGUGCAUGGAUUUCUCAGUGUAGGAUACCACUUCCUUUUCUGACUGCAGUAAAAUUAUGAAUCUUUCUGUGGUCUGGAUUCACAUGCAAACAUCAUUAUUGAUGAAAGUACAUGUGCAGACAUAUGUUCACAUGAUCAGUUAGACACACAGGGAAAGGGGAAGUGUGCUACUCUGUCAAAUAAAUUGAUUUUGUGUGCGUGUGUAUGUGUGUGUGUGUGUGUGCUUUAACAGUAACCUGAGCUGUUCCUGGUUGCCGCCUGCUGAGGGGUUGCCAGGUGUUGAGGAUGAAUAUUAACGCUUGCGUGACUGAGUGACACUCACUGUUAAUCAUCUUUCAAUACUUAUGAGUUAAAAUGUCUCGCUUGUGUGCAUUCACGUAGAGCAUAUUAUCAGCUGCUGGUUUAUUAGAAAUACCUGAAAAAACACUAAAAAGAAAUACAGCCUAGUUCAAGAAUCUUCUUUAAUGUUUGGGUUAAGUUCCAACUUCUCCCAGCUUGUUGUUUUUAGGUUGUUGAAUUGUAUCGAGGAGUUAACAAAUUCAUGUCGAGUCUUUUAUUUGACUGUUUUGGAAACAGAUUGCUGGUCUGUUAAUGUAUUACCUGUUUCUUUCAUGUCGAGGAUUUUUUUUUAUUGCAACACAAGGCUGCAAAGCUUUUAAGCCUUUUAAAGCUGAGUAGGCGUUUUGCUGGAAAUUUUGGUGAAAAAGUAUACCAGCUAAAAGAAAAAUCCCAUCAUGUAUUAGUCAUUGAGUAGACCUACUUAUGUGUGUUGAUGGUGAGCAGAAAAGAAGUUGGUUCAACAGGGUUGGAUAUUGAUAUAAGAGAGUUAUCACAGCUUACCCUGAGCUGUUGCAACCCAGCAGAUGUUUUAAUUUUCCAUUAGAUGUUGAUGUUUUGCUGUAGAGGAUUUAAAAAAGUGUGUGUUUGUGUAGGUUAGAAUAUAAGUGGUUCAUCUUUUUGCACUAUGCAUAUGUCUGACUGUAUGGCUGUGUGGGUGGGAGAUAGGCCAAGAGAGAAAUAUGGCAGAGAGGAGAGGGAGAGUUGGUGUUUUCACAGAUCUGCUUGGGUAUCUUUUUGUGGAAUUCUGCUUAUGAACUGUGAAACUUUUCUCAUUUUUUCUUCUCUUUUUUUUAUCAUCCACUUUCCUAUUUUUUUGUUACAUAAAAAGUAUAAAAAUCUAGAAGAGUCGGUGGGUGAAAUCUUUUGUACUCCCCCUAAUCAUAUUCCUCCUGCACCACUCUACCAUUUCUUCUCCCACUUCUUCAUCUCCAUGCGGCAGACUGUGAGGCUGUGCCAGCUGACGUUCAGUUUGAUGCCACAGGGCGAGAAAGAGAGAGAGAGAGAGAGAGAGAUGAAACUUGUGUUUCUGGUCUCAUGGCUGAUUCUCUUGCACCUCUUCUGAGAUUACCAGUGAGCCUGGCAUCCAAACGACAGUCCUCUUGACUAACCAAAAUGUUUCCCUGGACACACUGCAAUGAUCUCUCACCAGCCUUAGUUUUUUCAGGGUGUGGCAACAUAAAUAGACAUAUCUGUAAACUUCGGCCAACACAAAGAAUUGUGUACCAGAAAAUCCAUGUGUGUUUUAUAGAGAUGUACUAAAGCCUUCUAGACGUUUAAUAUUGCCUCUGACACAACUAUGUCAUGUCCUGGAAUCUUAAGCACAGCUCAAAGUAAUUUUUUUAUUUCAUGAAUUUAUUAAAAAUCCUUCUAAAACAUGUUCUUGGCUUAGAUAACCAUGCAUGAUAGAUUCUAAUAUACAUACAGUUAUGGCUGCUAUUAUAAUGAAGGUAUUAUGUUAUAUCAAAUGCAAACAAAAAACAAAUAAAAAAAGGACUUGAUAUCAGCAUUUGAUAUUAGUUGAUCCGCUCUGUGAUUACCAGUAUUAGCUGUUGGAAGACUGAUAUCAGUCAACUUCUUUUACUCACCCAAUAAAAGCGAUGCAUAACCACCACAGGUAUGUGGGUCUUGACCAUAGACUUCAGGACAACUUGGCUGUCCAUCAUUAUAUGAAUUUGAAGGGGAAUAUUUCCUGGUAUUUCCGGGAUUUUCUCCACUUCCUGGAACCAUCACUUGUGCAGUAGCAUUUGCGCAUUCGACGAGAGAGUCGCCGAGAGACACUCGGCUCAAACAGCGUAUCCCCCGGAUGAGCUACACAAUCUUCUUAUGCCCUUAGAUUGUAUUAAGUGUCAAUCAUAGAAAACAUGAACCCGCUAAUAACUUUUAAAAAUAGAGCUGUACAGAAAAAAGAGGACUUGAGCACAAACCAGUCUUACAUCUCAACCAGGGGGAGAAAUAUUUAUAUUCUGUGUAAUUAAUUUUGAAAGUUUGUCCACAGCUCCAUAGGCAUUGCUGGAGGAGGCGCGAUUUAUGCUCCAUACUGCAGCCUGUCACCAGAGGGUGCUGUUCUUGGGGUGGUUCCACCCAGCGAGGAGGCAGACGGCAUCCAUUUUAUAUACAGUCUAUGGUAUUAACCUGAAGGUGGUACUAGAUCUGCUAAUGUUAGGCACUCCUAGCAAACCAACAAGACAGAUCUUCCCUUUAGACUCAGUGAUCUUGUGUCUAGCCUUGUUAAAGAAAUUGUGCUUAAUUUUGACAGUGUUAUGAGCGUUUUAUCACUUUUACUUGUCGGUUAGUGGAAAUUAAUAUUCUCAUUGACAUGAUAGGGAAAUUAGUUAUUUUGGAAAAUCUGUACUACUCUAGUAUUUUGCAACAAACUCCCACAUCUUCUCUUGAUCACAUGCCUCCAUAUGCACAUUUCUGGCAAGCUUCCACUGCUUCCACUUAAAAGCUGUUUUUGCCAUCUUUAUUGUAUUGAGUCAAGAUGCCAAGUAUGGCUUUUGAGUAUUAAUAUGUUUGUUUGUUAAAUACAGUGCUUUUUGAGUACAUCCUCAUUGUAAGCAAAUAAAUCCGGAGGCUUGUGUUUGCAGUAUUUAACAUGUGUACAUUAAGACAAUCCAAAGGGCAUCAGAUAUGUCGAAUGUGAUACUCCACUGCUACUUUUUUAUCAUCCUGACACUCCAUACCUGAAAGAGAACAGUUUCUAUAGCAACCCUGUCAUCCCCUCCCCUCGCCCUUCCUCACCUCAGUCAUGUGCAUGUGUAUGUGUGUGUGUGUGUGCAUGUGUGCACAUGUGAGCCGUGAAUACUAACAUAGGCCUGAAUAUGACUGAGUGCUCUAUUGAUUGCUAGCAUACAUGCCAUAAGCGUUGAUGUCAUUUAGCCGGCGGGGGAAGCAGAGAGAGAAACAAUAAAGGAACAUUUCCUCUGCACAUUUCCUGGCAGCUUUUCAAGAUACACAGAAGUUAUAUUAAAGGAAAGACACAGAGCACUGCAGAGGGAGAGAAAGCUAAGAGAGGAGGGUGGGGCAAAGAGGCAAAGUGAGAGGAGGAAGAGAGGGAUGUCAAGAGUAAAAGGAUGUCUGAUUGAAGUCUAAAUACAUAUAUACUUUAAUAAAGAAUAAUAUGAGGAGCACUUAAUUUAUCUUGGCAGGAAGGUGGUGUACUCACCCUUUUACAAAUGAUUUCCCAUCCUAUUAAAGAAAUGAGUACAGAGGCGUGUUUAAGCACUGACUCACCUCUUUUGGGAUUUUUAUUCAGAGUGCAUGAUGCAUAUAUUUGCAUUUGUAUCCCUAGAUUGUCAAACUUUAGCAGACCUGUACCUUCUUCUUACUCCCUCCUGGUGGUAUCAUUUGAGGACACGUGUAUAGAUUCCUCACGAUGUUGAGCUUCCAUGACCCUCCGCCAAGUCGUGCAAUGUUGUUUAUUGCUUUGGCAUAUGUGCAAGUACGUGUAUCAGAUCAAAGUGCCCUCUACCAAACUUCAUUUUGUGGCCUAUUUGGUUUUUAUCGCCGCCAUGCUUUGUGAGCCCUUUAGCGAAGGAUCAUGCUGAUAAAAGGCCUGUUAAUUCCGUGGCACUAAUUGCCUCCUACUGUCAUUUGUAAUUUUAGGCUCUCUUCUCCACCACCCCCCUUCUCUCAUGAUCCUACUUUUCCCCGAGUCUGUUCCCCUAAAUAACUGCUCGAUUACCUUCUUUCCCCUAAAUUGUACCUGUCUUGUGCCUCUGUCUUUCUCUUCACUCCAGUCCUCUGUGUUUUGUGUCUGUAAAAGCUUGAAUGUUUAAACAUAGGACAGAGGCCUUUGGUGGACUGAACACCAAGGGCAACCGGAUGGGGGGAAGCGGGGACAGAAGAGUACACAAUGUCAGACAGACCAGCCUGCUCGGAUACAGAUGACAUGACAGGACCUGUGCUGCUGUAACUGUCACCUACUGGUCACUGCCACUGAGCCAUGUUCGCUUGAGACCUCAAAGCAACCACAUAUAUCUGCUGUGCAGGGCUGCAGAAAUCAUCAUGGAGCACAAACAAAAGUGACCAAAAAGUAGAUCAACUGUUCAGUGCUCACUAGGGCUGUAAUCAACCAAAGGAAUUCUUGGUUGACUAAAACCCUAAAAAACGACUAAUGGAGGAGUUUCCGAUUGUGACGUCAAACCCUUCUGCGGCGGGAGACAACGCAGCCUGGCGGGGCAGGGCGUGGCUUGGUGGGGUGAAAAUCUACAAAUAUCAACAGAAGAAGGCAAAAGGCAAUCAAACUCAAAAUGCAAGUAUUCAGUAAUAUUCAGUUAACCACCAGACAUUGAUUGACGUAGACGCUCUUCACUUUUUCCGUCUCCAGCCAGUCUCCAGUAGGUUGCACGAAUCCAAAAUGGUGAAAACAAGGGGUUGUUACCUGUGAAACGGGGGGUGCUCUGAAAACAUCCCCAUGAGCACUUGGUAUAUUCCUCCUGAUGAAAAUAACCAUAGACUGUAAAUUGACGCGGAAAAAUAUCGAGUCAACCAAUCAGAAUUUUGGUCGACUCAGCACGUAUCGACCAAUAAGUCGACUAGGACUUUACAGCCCUUGUACUCAUGCAUCAAAUCAGAUCUUAGGGAACUUUUUUGUAUCCAGAUGAUGUUGUCAAGAUGAACUGUUAAUCCUUAGUGACUGUGGGUCUUUGAAUCCCCGUUUCUUGACUUUUGUGGGAUUGUGUUCUCCAGACAUCACAAAAAAAAUGUUUUUAAACCAUGGUAGCAGUCCCAGUUUUUGUUUUCACUUUGCACUAAACCACUUUCAAGCGCAUGUCCUACUUAGGCAGAAGAAAUAGUCCAAAAACACAUAAAAUAGGCAAUGAUUUAUUUACAAUGCACAAAAGUUACAAAGCACUCCACAAUAAAAGUAUUUAGUCCAACACAAAAAUCAGGGCGGAAACUAACAAAUGCAGAAUCAAACUAAAAAAAACAGAAUUAACAAAGGAGGGAUACUUUGGUUCAGAAAAGCAAGAAGAAAAGGAUUCUGUUGAAAGUAGAAACUCCUCAGAAUUGGACUGUCUGAUCUUUAUUUAAUGCAGAUCUCUGGAAUCAUCCAGCAGACAAUUAGAAGCCAACUUGAGACACUUGAAGUUAAUUAGUUAAUCAGAAAAUAAACCCAGGGACUUUAAUUUCUAGACAAAAACAACAAGAAAAGAAAGGAUAAUGUAUUCUUCACCUCCUGGCAGCCAGUGGAAAGAUGCCAACACCAGCAUUACGUUCUCCCAGAGUGUUGUCUUAGUGAGAAGACGCUCUGCAGCAUUUUGAAGCUUCUGCUGAUGAGUAUGAAAUGCACGGUUUGCACCGUUCGCCACUGCAGAAGUCCCUUCGUCUGUCCUCGUACGCCCUGUUUUGUAAUGCGAUAUAGAAACAGAAAAAGCGAGUUUAGAUUGAUUUUAUUUGAUUUUUUUUCAUGAGGAGCUUUGAGUUGUAAACCCCCAUAGAAAGCAGCAGUGAGGAAACCUCUUCUCUGUACAUUUUAGCAACUGCGCAAUGGGGUCAGAUGUAAAUUAUUUAGCACUUGUGCAGUAUGUUUUGCUGCAGAUCGGGGUCAUGUGAGCGUGUACGGUGAUGAAGUGUGUAUGCACUCAAAGGAGAAUGUGACAGAAAAACGUAAAUUCAUGGCAGUUUAACGUUCAAGCAUGUGACAGCUGUAUGGAUUUGCAUGUGCUUGAGCGUUAAAUGCUGUGUUUUUCAUUUAUGUGUGUGCUCUUGUGUGAUUUAAGUAUGAAGGUCUUUUCAAGCAUUAUGUGAGCAUGAAGGCCCAUCAGGGCACAUGUAAUCCCCACCCAGCUCUUGGGCCCUUCAUUAGCAUUACACUGAUCUUCUUCAGAAGUUACUCUCCAGCCCUCUGAUAUGCUCCUUGUGGCCUGAGGGAACAAUAGGUCCUGUUCACAUCAAACGUGUUAUGUCAUCGAUGUGACUGGAAGCUCAGCUGCCCUCGUCAUGGGAGCACUAUUUCGCAUCAUUGCCUGCUCUUACAGCAUGUACACAUAUGCACAUAUACACGCUUCAAUUUGAGCCCCUCCAUACCCUAAUACUCCCUAUGGGGCAUGUGUUUUCUCAAGAGGGGCCAAUGUUUCACCCAGAAGGUCCUUCACAUACAGUAAGCAGAAGGACACCAAAGUUCACAGGCAGAGAGAAUAUGCUCAUAUACACUGUCUCUCUCCUGAGGACUUCAGUCCAGAAAGACAGCAAGCCCAGUUAAGGUUCACCUAUCUAUCUAUCUAUCUAUCUAUCUAUCUAUCUAUCUAUCUAUCUAUCUAUCUAUCUAUCUAUCUAUCUAUCUAUCUAUCUAUCCAUCCAUCCAUCCAUCCAUCCAUCCAUCCAUCCAUCCAUCCAUCCAUCCAUCCAUCUGGUGAUGGGAUGCAUAGGUCAUAAACCCCGCCUCCUCCAGCAAUCCCUAUGGACUUGUGGACAAACUUUAGAAAUUUAUUACACAGAAUACAAAUUUUUCUCCCCCCUGUUUGUGAUGUUGACAUGUAGUUAUUGUCAGACUGGUUUGUGCUCAAGUCCUCUUUUUUUCUGUACAGCUCCAUUUUUAAAAGUUAUAAAGGGGUUAAAAUUUUUAUGAUUGACACAUGAUACAGCCUAUGGGCGUAUGAAGAUCGCGUAGCUCAUCCGGGGGAUAUGCUGUUUGAGCCGAGCUUCAUCACAGCAACUCUUGGCGACUUUCCCGCCGAAUGCGUACAAUGCUACUACACAAGUGGUGGAGUUCAUACAAAGUUACUGGAACGUUGGUUUCAGGAAGUGGAGAAAAAUCGCGGAAAUAACGAGAGCUUUUCAUCUUCAAAUCCGUAUACUUGCGGACGGCGGAACCAAGUUGUCCAUAGUAGUCUAUGGGACCAACUGAAUUAUAGUUCAAGAGGGAGAUACACUAUUACGACAGCUGCUACAACUGUCCAAUCAAAACCCAACAUGAAAUAACACUUGCUUACCCGGCUGAAGAAUAUGUUUCAACACUACACUCUCCACCAGCUUUUGUAGCUCCUGGUUGUUUCUAAUUUCAAGUUUUCUAAAGAAAGUUAGGAUAGAGGAGUAGAGUUGUUAGGGCCCGAGCGUAGCUGCUAAGCAGCUGCGAGAGCCCUCUUGUUCCUGUAGUUUCCUUCUUUUGUUAUUAUUAGGGCCCGAGCGUAGCUGCUAAGCAGCUGCGAGAGCCCUAUUAUUCCCCAAGUGGUUUUUCUUUGUUUCUUUUUUCUUUUUCCUCCCCUUUGAACUGGAAAAUGGCCCACUUCCCACUGGCGAAAACUCAUGAAAUUUGGCAGGACGACCGGGCCUGGUGAAAAAUUUGAUAUUCUGAAGUCGCCCAAACAAUACAAUGCAAAAUGGCUCCAUAGCGCCCCCUAAGGUGAAAAAUUCACCUGACGCCUGUACGCUUUGUCAAAAUGACACAAAAAUUGACACACACAUGUAUCUCAAUAAGAUCUACAAAAAAGUCAGUGCGGGCGUAUCUGUCAAAUGUACGGUUAAAGGGUUAUUUCGCAUUUUUUGCCGAUCCGCACACAUUGGAAUUUCGCUAACUCCUCCGAAGGCUUUCGUUCCACCGGCACCACAUUUGCUCAGGCCAAUCUACACCCCAUGGCCAUUAAAAGUUAUUCAAAUCAUGACGCUGCACCCCACGGUUUAGGUUCUAGGGGGCGCCAAAGAUAACACUAAAAUCCACAUAUUCAAAAGUCUUAUAACUUUUUAUUUUUGCCCUCACUGGCCUCCAAGUUUUCUAGUAUGAUGCAAUGUCCAGCCAUCAACACAUUUGUGAAGGAAUUUUUACUCCCCAAAAGAGCGCCCCCCCAUGGCAGGAGAAAAAAGUCCAUUUUUUCUUGUCCCCUAAGGUGAAAAUACACAUUGUUGAGUGUCACGCCUGUACGCUUUGUCAAAAUGACACAAAAAUUGACACACACAUGUAUCUCAAUAAGAUCUACAAAAAAGUCAAUGCGCGCGUAUCUGUCAAAUGUACGGUUAAAGGGUUAUCUGCAUUUUUUGCCGAUUCGCACACAUUGGAAUUUCGCUAACUCCUCCGAAGGCUUUCGUUCCACCGGCACCACAUUUGUUCAGGCCAAUCUACACCCCAUGGCCAUUCAAAGUUAUUCAAAUCAUGACGCUGCACCCCACGGUUUAGGUUCUAGGGGGCGCCAAAGAUAACCCAAAAAUCCACAUUUUUAAAAGUCUUAUAACUUUUUAUUUUUGUCCUCACUGGCCUCCAAGUUUUCUAGGAUGAUGCAAUGUCCAGCCAUCAACACAUUUGUGAAGGAAUUUUUACUCCCUAAAAGAGCGCCCCCCCAUGGCAGGAGAAAAAAGUCCAUUUUUUCUUGUCCCCUAAGGUGAAAAUACACAUUGUUGACUGUCACGCCUGUACGCUUUGGCAAAAUGACACAAAAAUUGACAAUCAUGUGUAUCUCAAUUAGAUCUAUGAAAAAGUCAAAGAGCGCGUAUCUGUAUAAUGUACGGUAAAAGGGCUAUUUUGCAUUUUUUGCCGAUUCGCACACAUUGGAAUUUCGCUAACUCCUCCUAAGGCUUUCGUCCCACUGACACCAAAUUUGCUCAGGCCAAUCUACACCCCAUGGCCAUUCAAAGUUGUAAAAAUCAUGACGCUGCACCCCACGGUUUACGUUUUAGGGGGCGCCAAAGAUGACCCAAAUAUACAUUACAGUAGACAAAGUAGUUUUGCCCACUGAGUGGCGCCAAAGGGACUUGUCUGUGGAGUCUGUGAGUCACUAUUGGCCGUUUUUGACUACUUUAGAUUUUACCUUUAUAUUUCCUCUUACAAAAUUUUUACCUUGCCUUGCCUGGUAUCAUUUUUUUCAGCACAACCUCACCUGUGUCAAUUUACAGUUAUUUUAUCAUUUUGACAUACUAUAUUUACACAUUGGACCCAAAUUCACACACAAAACAUAAAAUCCGAGUGGAAAAAAGUAACGUUUUUACUGUGAAAACCACAAAUAUGUGUGAUGAACUGUUUUUAAAACUUAAACUUCAAAUAAAAAUUGUAAACUUCAAAACAUAUGCAAAUUUUUAACAAAGAACAUAGUAAUUUACCUCUAUUUACAUCAAAAUGCAGGCAAUGGCCCAGGUGUUCUUUGUAAAAUUAUUUACAAAACACUGUAUAGUCUCACAAAUGUCACUUUUUAUUUAAGCCACUACAAAGACACAUGAUGUAAAUGAUGCAUGAUGUAAAACAUGAUGUAAAAAACUUGUGUAGAUCCUCCUCUAUGUUAGUCCAUGUGUAAUUUUUCCAUAAUUCUUUGUUUUUUGCAGCAUUUUUGUUAGUGUAACUGCAGAUUGUGCUGACAGUGUCUAUGGCACAAAAAAAAAAAAUUUAAAAUGCCUCAACAUGAACCCCUGGUGGUCUCUGAGGGUGAAACCUGCUAACUGCUGCAGCUCUGUCAGCUUCAGUCUCCCAUGCAGAGCUCGGAGCGCAUGUGUGGCUCUGCACCCUUAGCAGCGUUGCUAACUCCUCAGUAAGGAAAGCCUGCUUCAUGUCAGAGUCUCUAAACUCCAGAAGAAGUCGAUAAAAGUCACUUUCCUUCUAAAAAAAAGUCGUUAGGGGGUCUGAAAAGUCAUUGAAUCUAACAACAAAGUCGCUAGGUUUGCAACUACGUGUCCCAGACUGCAUCCCUGCUGAGAGUCCCUCCCUCCCUUCUCAUAUUGCAGGAAGAACGUAAGCGCCCGCCCCUUGUCAAUCAGUCACCAUAUAAUUUUGGAUUGGUUGUUGUGGUGAAGUUUUCCACCAAUAGGAGAGAUGUUGUGGUGUGUUUUUUUUUUCUUUUGGCAAGCCUUUUCCGCCUGUAAGACCUGUCGCUAAUGUCUGCAUGCUAUGUUUUCCUGUCUCAUACAGCGCGAUCGAGCGCUGAACGUGAUCAAAAUAAGCAGAAAACAAGUAUCGCGGACAUAAUUUAUCAUAACUCUGGUUUUAUUUGGCCUAUCAACACAAUUUAAAAACUGGUAUAUAGGUUGAGGUCCUCACUUUUGAGAUAAGUUGAAACGGAGAGUCAAUGAGGCUCCGUCUUGCAGCUACAUCCGGUUAAAUAUGUCAUGUGACUUGAACGCACACACACACACACACACACACACACACAGACACACACACACACGCACACACACACACAGUCAGAGUCUGGUUUUUAGCACCUGCAAAAACAUGCUAUUUACAUAUUUGACAAGAAUGCAGAGGCUCCUUUUGCCCCUGAAAAAAAUCAAAUUUCAAACACAACUUGACUGGUCAUUUCUCCAAAAGACAACCAUGAAGCUCCAUCCAAACCUGAAGCAGGCAGUUGGUGCAUGUGUACAGUAACCUGAGGGGAGUGAGGUGAGUGCUUCUGAGGAGAACAUGAGCAGUGAAGAUUCACCUUAGAGCUAGAACAGAGACGUGCACAUGAUUAUACAGGGGCAGGGGCUCAAGUUUUUUCCAGUUGUUUAUACAAUAUGGAAAUUAAUGUGAAAUUAAAAAACAAAGUAUUAAUAGAAAGGUAAUGACUGUCCUGUGUAGGUGACAGUGAUAUCCAAUAGGCUAGGCACUCACGAGGCUGGCUGUGGCAAGUGUAAGUGAAAGCAACACGCACUGGCAGGAAGAACAGCAAACGCCGAUGAAGGAAAAGGGUCUUUGCAGUGAUGGGCGUUACCAGAGAGGGCGAUGGCCAGAGGACGCGAAUGGGACGGGGAGGCAGCACGUUGGGGGGGGGACGCGACACAGCUCGGGCCCGCCAGUGCCCCAACGGGGUCCUAGUUAUUAUUAUUAGGGCCCGAGCGUAGCUGCUAAGCAGCUGCGAGAGCCCUCUUGUUCCUGUAGUUUCCUUCUUUUGUUAUUAUUAUUAUUAUUAUUAUUUUUCCUCCCCUUUGAACUGGAAAAUGGCCCACUUCCCACUGGCGAAAACUCAUGAAAUUUGGCAGGACGACCGGGCCUGGUGAAAAAUUUGAUAUUCCGAAGUCGCCCAAACAAGAAAAUGCAAAAUGGCUCCAUAGCGCCCCCUAAGGUGAAAAUUCACACUAUUGACUGUCACGCCUGUACGCUUUGUCAAAAUGACACAAAAAUUGACACACACAUGUAUCUCAAUAAGAUCUACGAAAAAGUCAGUGCGGGCGUAUCUGUCAAAUGUACGGUUAAAGGGUUAUUUCGCAUUUUUUGCCGAUCCGCACACAUUGGAAUUUCGCUAACUCCUCCGAAGGCUUUCGUUCCACCGGCAACACAUUUGCUCAGGCCAAUCUACACCCCAUAGCCAUUAAAAGUUAUUCAAAUCAUGACGCUGCACCCCACGGUUUAGGUUCUAGGGGGCGCCAAAGAUAACCCUAAGAUCCACAUAUUUAAAAGUCUUAUAACUUUUUAUUUUUGCCCUCACUGGCCUCCAAGUUUUCUAGGAUGAUGCAAUGUCCAGCCAUCAACACAUUUGUGAAGGAAUUUUUACUCCCCAAAAGAGCGCCCCCCCAUGGCAGGAGAAAAAAGUCCAUUUUUUCUUGUCCCCUAAGGUGAAAAUACACAUUGUUGAGUGUAACACCUGUACGCUUUGGCAAAAUGACACAAAAAUUGACACACACAUGUAUCUCAAUAAGAUCUACGAAAAAGUCAAUGCGCGCGUAUCUGUCAAAUGUACAGUUAAAGGGUUAUUCCGCAUUUUUUGCCGAUCCGCACACAUUGGAAUUUCGCUAACUCCUCCGAAGGCUUUCGUUCCACCGGCACCACAUUUGCUCAGGCCAAUCUACACCCCAUGGCCAUUAAAAGUUAUUCAAAUCAUGACGCUGCACCCCACGGUUUAGGUUCUAGGGGGCGCCAAAGAUAACCGUAAAAUCCACAUAUUUAAAAGUCUUAUAACUUUUUAUUUUUGUCCCCACUGGCCUCCAAGUUUUCUAGGAUGAUGCAAUGUCCAGCCAUCAACACAUUUGUGAAGGAAUUUUUACUCGCCAAAAGAGCGCCCCCCAUGGCAGGAGAAAAAAGUCCAUUUUUUCUUGUCCACUAAGGUGAAAAUACACAUUGUUGAGUGCUACGCCUGUAUGUUUUGUCGUAUUGACACAAAAUUUUACAUACACGUGUAUUUCAAUAAGAUCUUCGAAAAAGUCAAUGGCCACGUAUCUGUAAAAUGUACGGUUAAAGGGUUAUUUCGCAUUUUUUGCAGAUUCGCACACAUUGGAAUUUCGCUAACUCCUCCGAAGGCUUUCGUUCCACCGGCACCACAUUUGCUCAGGCCAAUCUACACCCCAUGGCCAUUAAAAGUUAUUCAAAUCAUGACGCUGCACCCCACGGUUUAGGUUCUAGGGGGCGCCAAAGAUAACCCUAAAAUCCACAUAUUUAAAAGUCUUAUAACUUUUUAUUUUUGUCCUCACUGGCCUCCAUGUUUUCUAGGAUGAUGCAAUGUCCAGUACAACACAUUUGUGAAGGAGUUUUUUCUCGUUAAAAGAGCGCCCCCCCAUGGCAGGAGAAUAAAGUCAAGUUUUUCCUGUUCAUCAUUCAAUGGCUCAAACGCACUGCUCUCUCGGCAAAAGCGAAAGGAGGAGCAACUUGCCAUUUGGAUAUAUCUUAGCUGUGUUUGUGCCCUCACUCAUGGUCCAGACUUUUUUCAAAUAGGACAUGGAGUUUUUCUGCAGCGAGCGUUUUGGUAGAAACUGCGCUUCCCGUUCAUUAUAAUGGUAAAUGACCACAAACAAGUGCGCACACCAUCUUUGGACCUUGAGUGUGACGCGAUCGGGUGGGGGAGGCGGUCGCGCUGGGGGCGGCGUGACACGGCUCGGGCCCGCCAGUGCCCCAACGGGGCCCUAGUUAUUAUUUUUCCUCCCCUUUGAACUGGAAAAUGGCCCACUUCCCACUGGCGAAAACUCAUGAAAUUUGGCAGGACGACCGGGCCUGGUGAAAAAUUUGAUAUUCCGAAGUCGCCCAAACAAGAAAAUGCAAAAUGGCUCCAUAGCGCCCCCUAAGGUGAAAAUUCACACUAUUCACUGUCACGCCUGUACGCUUUGUCAAAAUGACACAAAAAUUGACACACACAUGUAUCUCAAUAAGAUCUACAAAAAAGUCAGUGCGGGCGUAUCUGUCAAAUGUACGGUUAAAGGGUUAUUUCGCAUUUUUUGCCGAUCCGCACACAUUGGAAUUUCGCUAACUCCUCCGAAGGCUUUCGUUCCACCGGCACCACAUUUGCUCAGGCCAAUCUACACCCCAUGGCCAUUAAAAGUUAUUCAAAUCAUGACGCUGCACCCCACGGUUUAGGUUCUAGGGGGCGCCAAAGAUAACCCCAAGAUCCACAUAUUUAAAAGUCUUAUAACUUUUUAUUUUUGCCCUCACUGGCCUCCAAGUUUUCUAGGAUGAUGCAAUGUUCAGCCAUCAACACAUUUGUGAAGGAAUUUUUACUCCCCAAAAGAGCGCCCCCCCAUGGCAGGAGAAAAAAGUCCAUUUUUUCUUGUCCCCUAAGGUGAAAAUACACAUUGUUGAGUGUAACACCUGUACGCUUUGGCAAAAUGACACAAAAAUUGACACACACAUGUAUCUCAAUAAGAUCUACGAAAAAGUCAAUGCGCGCGUAUCUGUCAAAUGUACGGUUAAAGGGUUAUUCCGCAUUUUUUGCCGAUCCGCACACAUUGGAAUUUCGCUAACUCCUCUGAAGGCUUUCGUUCCACCGGCACCACAUUUGCUCAGGCCAAUCUACACCCCAUGGCCAUUAAAAGUUAUUCAAAUCAUGACGCUGCACCCCACGGUUUAGGUUCUAGGGGGCGCCAAAGAUAACCCUAAAAUCCACAUAUUUAAAAGUCUUAUAACUUUUUAUUUUUGUCCUCACUGGCCUCCAAGUUUUCUAGGAUGAUGCAAUGUCCAGCCAUCAACACAUUUGUGAAGGAAUUUUUACUCCCCAAAAGAGCGCCCCCCCAUGGCAGGAGAAAAAAGUCAAUUUUUUCUUGUCCCCUAAGGUGGAAAUUCACACUAUUGACUGUCACGCCUGUACGCUUUAUCAUAUUGACACAAAAAUUGACACACAUAUGUAUCUCAAUAAGAUCUACAAAAAAGUCAAUGCGCGCGUAUCUGUCAAAUGUACGGUUAAAGGGCUAUUUUGCAUUUUUUGCCGAUUCGCACACAUUGGAAUGUGGCUAACUCCUCCUAAGGCUUUCGUCCCACUGACACCAAAUUUGCUCAGGCCAAUCUACACCCCAUGGCCAUUCAAAGUUGUAAAAAUCAUGACGCUGCACCCCACGGUUUACGUUCUAGGGGGCGCCAAAGAUGACCCAAAUAUCCACAUUCUUAAAAGAAUCCACAUCCCCCCCCAUCCCCCACCCCCCAUGGCAGGAGAAACAGUCAAGGUUUUCCUGCCCAUCACUCAAUGGCUCAAUCGCAUCGCUCUCCCGGCAACACCGUAACGAGGAGCAACUUGCCGUUUGGAUAUAUCCUAGCUGUGUUUGUGCCCUCACUCAUGGUCCAGACUUUUUUCAAAUAGGACAUGUAGUUUGUCUGCAGCGAGUGUUUUGGUAGAAACUGCGCCUCCCAUUCAUUAUAAUGGGAAAUGACCACAGACAAGUGCGCACACCAUCUUUGGACCUUGAGUGUGACGCGAUCGGGAGGUGGAGGCGGUCGCGCUGGGGGCGGUGCGACGCGGCUCGGGCCCGACAGUGCCCCACCGGGGCCCUAGUUUUUAUUUUUUCUGUACGUCAAAGCGCUAAGAUCCACCCAGUAUUCAUCACACCAUCUGAGAAGCCUGGAAACUGACCCUGUACAGUCUGACACAGAUUUGGAUCAAGACUUUAUUGGACCCAUCUUACACAGUGUGACAUCAGAUGAACUUGUAAGAUUGGUGUUAUUGCACUGUCUGUAGAUGCCUUCAAGCUGCAACUUACAAUGGAGAAAUAUAUUCCAAUGCUGCUCAAUCUGGAUCUAAAUAUGAAACUCACUGUAAGUUUCCAGUGCCUCAAACUACAUCUUUGAUUUUUGUGUGUGAAAUAAUCCACGACCAAUGAUGUGUGUUGAACAUGAUGAUAGAAUAUUGUUGCAUCUCUUUCACUUUGUUUUCUGAGGUUUUUGCAAAGGCAUACAAAUGAAGCGCACUGCAGCACAUGGCCAGAUCCACAAAAGCGUUAAGUAAGCACUGCUUAUAUGCAGAUUGCAGAAGUUUCAUGUUACAUAAAGCAUUGUUGCUGGAGCACUGCAGAUUACCUUUGAGUCCUACACACCUUUUAAAUGUUAGUGCACUGGUUGCAGUAUUGUUGUUCUGGUUAUGUGCUAAUAAAUGGAAGGAGAAAAUGCAAAUUGCAACUUAUAUGUUGUGAAUUCCCUGAUCUUGACCAUAUCUAUUCCCUAGCUUUUCUCAAAUGCAGCUUCAAACCUUAAAUCACUUGUUUCUUCUACCCGGUGUCCUGCAUUGCCCAGCAUCUGUAGAGAAUCCAAAGCAAGAACUAAUUUUACUGUAUCACUAUAAAGACAAAAGGCAUAAACUGUAUGUACAGCACACUCACAAGUACAAAUGUUACAGGAACCAGGCAGAGCUCAGAUGAGAAACAGGAGAAGCGACAGAGGAGGUCGUAGAGUGAGGUGAAAGUGGAUGUGUGUUACGUGGAGAAGAUAAUCUCUCCUGACGGUAGCGCCGGCCUCUCCCUGCCUCUCCCUGCUUCUCCCUGCCUCUCCUCCGUCUUCUUCAUAAACUCUGGGUUGUCUCCUGCUCUGUUAGGGGCUGGCAGUGGAGUUCACAUGUGCACUCACAGUAACACACACACAUACACACUUAAGCACACAACAGGAUGUAUUAGAGCCAGGACAUUUAUACAAACACAUAGCUGUUUAGGAUUUAACUCACCUCAUCUGUUGAGAAAAAAACAAAGUAUGCAUCCCUGAGGACUCUUUAUUUGUGCUCAUAUUUGAGUUCAUAAACACCCAAAAUUGUGGGUUUGUGCUCUCGCUAAGCACAAAAGACUCUUCUACACUCUGCCUCCUCUCUGUAAGAAGAUUUCUUAUGUGCAUAAAAUUUUGGUUGCCACAUUUACCCGUAACAGAGUCUUUUGGGCUUUCGACGUUAAUAUUAAACAUCUGUGACUGUGUAGGCUGAGCUCCCUUUCAAACUGUGUUUGAUCCACAUUAUUAAAUCAGCAGGAGUGAGUCAUAUUUUAUAUUCAGACAUUUUUUAAAACCUGUAUUUGCAUAUCUGUGGACAACAGGGGGUUCCCUUUAAUUAUGGUUUCAUUAUUUAUCAUGGAAAGUCUUGGUUUUGACGUGAUAAUGUAUGUACGUUUAUUAUGAAGGAUCAUUUCUGACACGUUAAUGUUUCAAGGUUUUCUAAUCCUUCAGAUAUAAUGUGAUUGGUAUGGAAUGCUGUAAAUGUGCAGGAACAUAAGGCUAAUGUAUGCCCAGAGAUGCUGGUUAUGCAACCCAUUCAUGGAUGCAUGCACACACAAACACACAAGCACACAAACUCUAACUGACGCUGCACUUUAUCAGCGUUACCCACUGCCAUCUGCGCCCACAGUUUAUACUUACUUGAAAUGGCCUCAGGGGUCUAUUGGCUGUUUCAAAUGUACACACGUGUGCGCACACGCACACACACACACACACACACACACACACACACACACACACACACACACACACACACAGAGACUAAUAACAACAAAAAAAAAUGAGCACCACAUUUAUGACUUAUGAAUGAGAAACCUGUGGAGACACAUAGGUGGCAUAGAUUCCAUGAAUGUCAACUGAUUAUGUGUUGACACAUAGAGGGGAAUGUUUUGAGCACAGGUUGAUGAAUAAUCUAUCGUUGACAUUUUGGUAAGAGUCACCCUGAGCUGCACUUCACAAUAAGCACAAAGAAAGGAAAAGGUUGCAGUGCCAAGUCUGGAAGAUGGAUUUUUUCAAAACCAAGUUGUACAUGUGAAAACUACUAACUACCUCUAACUUCAAGGUUAAAGAUGGGUAUUGUGCAGUUUGUCAGACUCUAUAUUUCCUCUCUGAAACCUCUUUAAUAGCUUUGCAUGAUUUCAGACUAAAAAAAAAACUUAAAUUUCUCACUCUGGUGUUUUGAAAUAACUUCAUUUCAGCCUCUCUCUGAAACACUUCUGUCUCUGUAAGCCCCUCUCUCUCCACAAUCCUACCUUAGCUUGAUAGGCCACCUCUCCAGAUGCUUUCCUUCUGUUCUCGUGGUGGCCUCACCCAGCGAGGAGGCAGGCGGUGUCAUUUCUAUAUACAGUCUUUGCUUUGAAUACAUUGACUUCAACUUUGUAACUUUGCAGGUUUUGUCUUAAAUGUGGAAAAGCACAAUAUCACCCCUUUAAAGGGAAUCUCCCCAUGUGAAGUGCUCUCUCUCUCUCUCUGUGUAGCUAUUAUAAGUGAGUUGUUUAGGUAUCAUCAUGAUCAUGUUGUGAGUCAGAGGUAAUGCACAGUGUUAGCAGCUUGGAUCCGAUUGAUCUCAAAAUACUCCUGACACCUGCAAUAGUCCACCAAAGAAGCUGAUGUUUGGCAGAAGAUUAAGCGGGUAGAGGCCACACCUUUUGCUGUAAAACAGCACACACCUUAUAAGCCCUUCAGAGGACAAAGUCUACGUUAUUUUCAGCUCCACUGCUGCAGUCAAGACCUCACUAAUGCUACGUAAUAAAUCUACAAAAUGCCCCUCAUUUUCAUAGGCAAUUCCUUAAGUGGGGAUGUACAGUGCCAGCACACAUCUGCAGUUAAGUUAACAUCAUCCUUGAAAGUGUCCUCUCUUAAGAUGAUAUAGCUAAGUGGUUUGCAUUCAACUGUUUAAUGAUAAUCCUGAUGGUUCAAUGUGCUUUUGUCAAUGAGUUCUUCACACAUUUUGAAACAUAACCUCCAUUUUUAGAGUAGAUUGUCAGGUCAGGGGUCUCUGUUCAUUCCAGUGUAGUAAAGGUCUGCAAAUAUGCUUGAGGAGCGUGAUCCAUCAGUGGGAAAAUAUACUUGCAAUGUGACAGCAAAUAAAUAUGGUGCAAGACUAGUUUCACUAUGUGACUCAGCUGACAUUGGUCUUUGAAAAGGGCUUCAGUCCCUGCUCAAAACUGCAUCACUAUAUCAGAAUGCAAAUGAAUGAAUCAAGGACUCCAUCAGCAGAACCAGUAGUAGAGUUACCAAACCUCAAAUCCAAGUCAGGUUUGGAUAAAGACAGAGUCACCAAAGAGGAAGAAGUUGUGGAAGGCUGCUGAUUCACCUGAAAUCAGUCACUGUAUGAAUGAUGUGUGUAUGAACUGAUUGUGUGGGACCUUUUGGAUGUGUGGAAAAUUCGUUUCAUUGUUAACAUUAGAUUUCAACCUUGUCUGCAUGUCUUGAGAUUUAAAUUAAACGUUACAGUGCUUCGCAUCAGGCAUGGGUGUGCACCACGUCUUUUCUUAUAGGGAGAUGCACUGAUCCUUUUGCUGCACCAGGAACACUGAAGGAUCUAACAAACUCAUAAAUACCUGUGGCUUGCCUGUUGAUAAUCAGAAUCUUAAGCAGCCAAUAGGGCUGGGUGGUAAACCGAAAAUUUACCAAUACUGACAUUUAUGACAGCAACUGACAUCAUUUUGCCGAUAUCAGUAUAUUCGGUGUCAAAUAAAUAAACGUUGGUUUUGGAUGUGUAGGUAGGCUAUGAUCUCAUGUCCUUUUAAAACGCUGUGAGAAGACAGGAAAGACAGGUGAGGAGAUAGAGGUUAGUUCAAAAGUUGUAGUGGCUGGGGUGGCAGCUGAAGAAGACGAAGUUAAUGUGGGAGGGGGUGAGCGGCUUGUGGAGUAGUUAUCGUCCAUUUAUCGUUAUUGAGGUGAAAUGCCUAAUGUAUCAUGAUAUACAUAUCGUAUUUGGUAAAUUGAUUUGAGUCCAUAUCACCCAGCCCUAGCAGCCAAGUAUCUUGGAUUCAGCGGUUGAGUUACUUUGCUUGCUAACAUAAUUGUUAUUGAGCCAGUCUGUGUCAUUAGCAUCUCACAUACCUUUUGCGGUAUAUUUUCUGGAAAGAUCUCAGUCAAGCUUUUUCCUUCUUUUUGAUUUCAUACAUGUUGGGUAUGUUGCAUUGCUCUUGCUUGCAUUUGCUAAGAACUUUUCAAAAGCAAAACUUCUGAGUAGUUUCUUAAGGCAGCCAGGCCAGAGCUGUUGCCAAACAAGACAGAACUUGGACACACAUGCAGGUGGACAAGUGCCAGUCUUUGCUCCAGAUGGUAUAAAUUAUAAGUCCAUCAUCCAAGCAGCUGAACUAAUGUAACUAGCUAAGCCAAUAGUUGUUAUCUACAUGAUAACUAGUGUGGCUUGACUUGACUCCUGACUGUUAACAAUAUUCCUCUCUCUAGCUAACCAGCGUUUGAGAUAAGGUCGAGUCAGCACUGCAGCACAGCACUGAAUAGGGAAAAAAAAAAAAAAAAUACAAAUCUGUUUCAGAGGAUUUCUUUCAGCCAAGUUUGACAAAUAUGUAGCAUGGAUUUUUUUGUUUGUUCCUGUGGUUUAAGCGUUGGUUUUUCAGAUAUGAAAACCAUCCAGCAUGCUAGACCACCAGUGCUGUUUUCUCAGUUUGAUCACAUGAUGUGGAGGCAGAUGGUUCAGUCCUUCAUCCAGCUGUCUUUGGAGGAGCUGUCCGUGGUCCUGACGGCUCCAGACACACAACAUUGCUGAACAGAGAGCUUUCCUGUGGUUUGGCAAUCACGGCUCUGAUUCCAUUUGCGGUUCUCCAACCACAUAAGCACGAAACCAUACAGUUGUAAGUGUGCACAGACACAAACCCGAGUUGUACCGUUAAUCCACAGAGCCUGAACUCAGACGAGGGCUUUUAUCUCUUUGUGAUAUCACAAUGUAGCAGUGAUACUAAAAAAACACUUUGUGCUGAACUUAAUAUAACCUACAAAGGAAAACAAAGAGGAGGGUUUGUUUUAUUUCAGAGUUGAGAUGAGGUGACAAUGCUGCCUUUUCACUGGAGGCAAUUUUGUCUGAUAGAAUCUCUUUUGCAGACCAUAAUUACACUGUAACAUAUGCUGCUGAUAACAACUUCAUAUAUUUCUACAUGUGUUCCACCAUAUAUAACCUAUCUUUCUAGACUGAGUAUAAAAAUGUUUAAUGUCCAGUAUCUACCGGCGCUCCCAUUGAACUCAACAUAUGUUGUUAGUGUCUUUUCCAAGUGGAACAAAGUGUUUCCACUGUGACGUCUGAUUGAUGACAAUCCCUCCAGGAGUUGAGGGGGAACAGCAGUAUCCUCCUACCCACAAGAAUCCCAUUUACAGUCAGCUGUGGCGAUUGUAGAAAUCUCUGCAGCCACGCUUUCAUCCCUCAUCUACUCUCAAAUAUAACUUCUCUGUUUCUUUUUCCUGUCUCAAAUAUUACAACAAAGACAUUCUUAUUACGAGUAUGAUCAACCACCUCUGUGUCUGAAUUAAGCAAAUCAAAAUUUCUGUCAAUGUAAUGUUUAUGUUGGCAAGAUUUAAAUACUCAAAUUAAUUUCCAUUUCUGACUGUUUUGUUAUGAAUUGGCAUAUCCGCACUUCUACAGCAUGACUGCUUCCUGAAAUGAAUCUGAAACCUGUAUUUAUGUGAAAUAGAGCAUAAAGAAGAGAGUGUUUUAAGUCUUUACUGCCAAAUGCAGACAUUGAGAGAAGUAAAUUUGCAUUGAUUAAACAAAGCUGGAUGUGCUCUGUAAUGAGGAGAGAGACUUGUUUUAAGAUAGUUACCAUUCAUACUUAACCCAAUUCGGAUAUGAAUAAAUGUCAGUUCAUCCAGUGAGUACUUCAAAUUAAAUCAUUUCCAAUUGCUCUCUGCUGAGCUCUUCAUCAUAAGGUAACCCAGAGGGAAAUACUCUGAACUCAAUACACAUUUCAUAAACUGACAUCUUGUUGGCCCAGUCAGAGUGACUUCCUGGUCUGGUUGAGACAAGAGCAAUCAGAAGAAUCGGAAACUAUGACGCAGCAGCCAGACUGGCUGAGGCAGUGACGCAUAAUAGUACAAUAACCAGAAGCAUUGCCUUAAACGUAUAUGUCGUAAUGGUGUUAUUUAUGGUCGAAUUCAGCCUCUGCUUUUCAGAGUAGCCUAAACACAAUGAUGGUUUUUAAUGGUUGAAACUGAAAGACUUCCUUUGGUACAGUCGUGCAUCACACAAGUUGUACUCUCAGGUGGCUGAAAAAAUAAUGAAAGAGAGGUAGUAGAAGUUUCAAAAUCACACGACAACUGAAGAGUGUAGCCCCUGUAUAUGGGGUGCCUGAUCUACUAUCUGAGCUAAAACAUGCGCCCCAUGGAUUUUUUUCUAAGGAUUAAAGAAUACGCUUGAUGCCUGAGUCAAUAUAAAUGUUCGGAUGGCUUACUUCAGCAAAAAACACUGGUAUCAAGGGAAACCAUUACUAUCCAGCUGCAGCUCUGGAACCAGGCGUCUUGUGCUUGAGCCCCUGGCGUACAGGAAGUGAUGUAUUUGCUUUAAACCCUUCUUUUAGUAGUUUUGAAGGUGUAAUAUAACACCAGUUCUGCUUCUCACCAAAAAGAAUGAUUGAUCACUGGUUAAUUGGUGAUUACAUAUGGCUGCUAAAACAUAAUUUAUUGAUGUAAAUUAUCAUUGUUAAUAAUAAUAAUGAUAAUAAUUUGAUACAGAAAAUGUUAAAGGAUAGUUUUGUGGGUGUAAAUGAUGGCCUGAGACUGAAUCAGUUAAAAGACACUCAUGUAGUGAAAUACAGGUUUACAGGGCAGAGACUGACAUUACACUGGUGUUUAAACUCUGACUGCAGCCAGUUUAAAUGUGACAGUCUCAGUCAAUUGCUUGGUAUACUGGAUUCAUGUGCCUGGCUCAUCUUAUUUUAUUCUUCUUUUUCUACUUCAUGUAUAUUAUAGUAUUAAAAAAGGGAAAAAAUACAGUAACACUUUAUAUGAUCUCACAGAGUAAAAUGCAUUAUAUGCACAUUUGUAGUGUCUUAAAAAUGUGUCUUUAAUACUUUAAAAUAAUAAUUAUUAUAAUGUUUAUGUAGUGUGCAUGAUGCCUGAGGGUAUGGUUUAUAAUACAUUAUACCUCAAUGCAAAAGGGGAAAAAAAUGGCGAUUAGAAUAUGUAUUGUUGUUGUCAAGUAUUUUUGUCUGACACUUUAUUUGCAGAUAAAAACAUAUUUAUAAGUUCUUAUAGAUAUGUUACUGGGUCAUAUAAUUGUACAUUGUUUCAUACACUGCUGUCACUUCACCACUUCACAUUUGCAAUCACAAAUAAUAUUCAGUAUAUUCUAUAGUAUUAUGAUUUAUAUUAUUGAGAAUAAUAUAAAUUGUCACUUUUUUGUGAUAGAAUGAGUUCUUUACGAAUCUUCACAACUGGGUAACGUAGUGAGUUAUACUGUGUUAUUACAGCAAUACCUCAAAAGACAAAGGUAAAGGUAUAAUGCAUAAUAAAAGCAUACCUUUAUGAAGUAUUAUGUUGCUAUCAGCUGUUCUAGAUGCUUAUAGUCACUCAUUAGGGUUUUUUAUAAAACCUUAGAGAUUCAUUUAUAAAUUUUUAUGAAUGUGCUUGUGAUGCGUUAUUAUAGGUGGGUUUAUGUAAAGUGUUGCUCAAAAACACUUGAUAGUUAAAAAAAAAUGUGGAAGUGCAGUAAGUAUAAAAAAAUGAAUAAGCUAAUGAACGUGAUGAUAUACUCUUGAUUUUUGUGUCUGAUUUUCUAAGCUAAACACUCAUUCGUACAGAAUAGGAGGUAGUAUGUUACUCGUGCGGAAAAUGAUCCAAAACAAGAUCAAAGUUUUAUUUUUAUGAAUCACGUCAUACUUGCAGAGCCAAACUGUACAUAUGAAAACCUUUUUUUUUAAUAAGAUUUACAGUAUGAGUCUAUUUAUUUAUCAAAGAAAAAAAUGAGAAUUUGUGUUUAAUGGAGUUAACAAAUGAUUUUUUCUUUCUUUUCUUUUUACCUUUAUGUGUCGCAUUUCUGUUUAUCUUGUAUCGAAAAAAGUUUUGAUGUUGUCAUGCAAACAGUUGGCAUUACCAAAUAGAGAUACAUCAAGUUUCAAUUUUUUUUCUAAUAUUCAGUCUUAAAGCUAAACUGUUAACAAAAAAAUCCUUUGGUUGCAGAGCGGUAUGUGAGUGUUUAUCAAUCUUAUGUAACUCUAAUCCAUUAAAAAAGUGACAUUCCAACAUGUCAAACUACAUUUUACGCUAUUUUACAUGAUUUUACCGUAGAAACAUGAUCGAUUUGAACAGACUGGUGACUUUUGUCAACUUGUACUCUGGUAAGGUUAAUGAUCGCUCAUUCAGAAACGGCUUGAGCAAACACUCAUAGUGCAGAUAUACAAGCAGCUCACAUGGAUGCACAUUGCAUUCUGGGACUUAAGAAUCACAGUGUGAAGCUGACCUCAGUGAGCAGAGCAGAUUUAGGGCCAGCAGCUAAAUUAGUGGGUUUGAAGAGGGAAUAUAAUCAGGGUGGUGACAGAGGGGAGAGUGCAUGGGUGAGUGUGUGCAUGUGUGUGUUGGAGUUGGAGUGGGUGUGGGGGCUUAGUGAUAGAUGGAUUGAAAAGGCAGAAGAGGGAAGAAGACAGAAGUUGUCAAACUGAAUUAAUCAUUAGAGGUGUGGACGUCUCCAGCCUGUCCACGCUCUCCACACGCACAUAUGGAUCUCCAAUCCUACAGCCAUGCACAGACUCACACACACUCGCGCUCAUGCCACUUUCACACAAACACAGAUCUGCGCAGAUGUCCUUAGAGUGCUGUUAAACCCCUGUUAAGUUAUUUUUUUUUUUACAUGAGAGAAUGUCUGAUUAACAUAUCCUUUAUGCAUUGAAGCAGAUUUCCAUGUUUAUUUGCACAUAUUGAAGAUAAAAUUGGCACAGGAUUUGUGUGUAUGUGUCCCCUGGCUUUGCAGCAUAGCACUGUGUUUACACGAUGUUACAGAGUGUUAAGCAGAGCUGUGAAUGUGUGAUUCACUGGAAGUGGGAGGAAGCAGAGAAGCCGACAUCAUUCCUGAGGCCCAUAAAAAUAAGCCUUUAAAAGGUCACUCUUCUUCUCUUUCUUUCUUUAGAUUUAUUCUUUAUCAUUUGCAGCAGCCUCCUCUGAACUAAAACUUUCUUUUUACAACCCGACUUCCUCCUGCUCCCUAACAUUUACACCAGCCCUUCUUUCCUGUUCCCCUUACAUCUCUUCCAACCCCCCCGCUGCACUUCCUUAUGGUGUCAACUGCAAGGCCAUGUCCUGCAGUGUCCACACAGAGAAAGGCUCCAGCUGGCUUCUCUUGACAUGCCAUGUCUCCAUAAUUACCAGACAAUGGCAGGAGAACCGGAUUAUUUCUGGCUGCCUCUGUAGCUAGGUGUGGUUCAGUGCACUAUCUGCUCUGUAGUCUGCAGCAAUGGGAUGCGACGGCAGAGUUACACAAUAAGAGCAGCAAGUGAACUCACUCACCAGUCUCUGUGUCUCCCUGUCCUUGUCUGUUCUCGAUCUGUGUCUCGGUUUGAUCGUGUCCUGCGACAGCCCUGGCUGUCUCUCAGCCCGCACAUUCAGAGACGGAUGAACCUGACUAGCCUUUCACUCUGUUGGUUUUCCUCCUACCACAAAGGUUUAUUAGCUUCUUGGUUUUCUACCUCUGAGCUGCGCAUUUGUUUCUUGUGCACAAUCUGAUAUGAAUGGCUUGGAUGCUGCUUUUCCAAUUUACAUGCUGCAGCUUGUUCAUGCAGAAAAAAAGCAGCACAGACAGCUGUCUUUUUGUAGCGCAAGUGCAUCUCUACACGUAUUAUGAGGGCAUCGCAACUGCAUCCUCUUUUUGAGGAGACUGUUAAUCUACAUAUUUUUAUUUUGAGGGAAUAUUUUUAGAUGAAAGAGACAUUUUCAAAGAAAACCCUGCUGGUCUUGGACGCACUGCCACGAAAACAGAAGCUGUGAUUGACUCCUGUUGCUGUUUGUUUAAAGACAAAAAAACCAGCUGCUCUUACUAAUUACUCAUCCACAUAUUAUAGUAGCGAUGCUGAGAAUGGCAAUCAACAGUAUGAGUUUAGUGCAGUAGCAUGGGCUGGUAUUAUAUGCCGGGCUAUGACCAGUCACAGUGAGAUCACUCCCGAAUGCUCAGAGCCGUGAUAGGAGGAGAGCAUUGCCCUAGUUCGAGUCUGGCGUAAUUAUGUAAUGCUUGAGUACCUGCAGCACCAGCGGUAUGACAACUUCUGAAUGUGAAUUGGAGCUGUGGAGAGUGCAGACAGGAAGUGCACACCCCUUUACAAUCCCUUUUACACGGUGUGCAACUUAAUCUUGAGCUGACAUUAUGCGCUCAUUUUCCUUAUCUAGCGUUCAAACUUCCUCACUCCUCCAUCCUUUCACCCUCUGUUUGUUUUCUUCUCUCAUACCUUUUCCUCCAUCCCGGUUUCCUUCCUCUAACCCCUAUCCCUCUCUCUUCUUAUCUCUGUCUUCUUACUAAAUGGAGGGUGACAGUAUGCAGCUGUGGGUUUUGUCCUUCAGACAGCAUCUUAGAGAAAAGCUUAGCCCUGCACACACAUGCAUACAGAAGGAGGGAGGGACCGGCACUAACCUGAGUCUUUCAUCUGUCGCUUAUGUAAUAGUUUUAAGAUAGAGUUACGCCGCGCCGCUUGCAUACAUGAUGAAGGAGAAGCAGAGCGGUCUUUGCAAAGAGGAAGAUGGUCCAGAAUAAUGUGAACACACUCUUUCCCCUCUCUCUCUCUUGUCUUCAGAAAGCAAAACUCCAUGCUGCCUUGCAGGAGAAAAGCCGCCUGAACCUUGAGCUCAUCAACCAUCACCUUAAAGCAUCCAAGUAUGACCAGGUAGGGCUCUCACACAUGCAAGCGGACCAGCAUUUGCAAGGAUACACAGAGUGUUGAUCCAUUGUUUAUGGAGCUUUCUAGUGUAUUUUUUACCACCGUUGAUACUGGAGCUUUAUCUUCCAAAUGGCUGUUAGAUUACUUGUUUGGUUGACUCAAUGCAUCACAUGAUCUCCUUUAUAUUGAACCAAUGCAAACACACAUGGUAUUUAUUAUCCUUUGUAUUCUAUCUGUACACACACGGCAUUACUACGUGUGUUUUCCUGUGAUUGUGUCAGUAUUGGCACAGGGAGGCUCUGGUUGGCACACUCAGCCAGAGUCUCCCACUUCACACACGCACACAGAAACAUGCACACGUAGGCGAUUAGCUACUCUGGCACUAAUAGUGACUCUCACAGAGGGGGCAGAUUUGACACGUGUCCAGGGACUCAGCUUGGAGCUCUUGCUCCAGCGUGCCACCGAAGAAAGAAAAAAAAAAGGUGCCAUCUGUGCGCGGACAAGGUGGACACAGGGAUGAAGAGACAGAGGGGCAAAAGAGUGUCUGAUCCUGCCAGACAUACAGUGUGGAGAAGUGUGAAGAAGUGUGACUUGCUUGUAAGAGGCAAUCAUGGCAGAGGCACAGGGGGCAUGUGGUGGACUGUGCACAGAGGGAGAAGGGAGUUAUGGAAGUGGGAAAAAAAGACAGAACCUGAGGGCAAAGAAGCCAAAAACAACGAAAUGGUCACAGGAGGGUUGUCAUGAUAUCAGAGUUUGAACUUGGACACCAAAGAAGUACAAACCAAGUACUCAUACAAAAAAAAAAUGCUGGAGCACAUGAUUGAUUCAGCAAUUUGAAUAUGGAGCAAACAUACUCAAGGUUUGACAGCACAGGUGUCUGGAUUUACCAUGUGGCGUGUGCUCCAGGAUUUCUUCUUUUUCACUGUGAUUUCCUGUCCUUAUUCUGAGACACCCCCCCUUAUAAUUUAUUCUGAAAAUAGACCCAAAAUAAAAUAUUAACUUUGAUUUAUCAUUCAUAAUUCUGAUGAGGUGUUCAGUGGUGUGUGCCCUCUGUUCAUAUUUUCUCAUUUUCUUACAGUAGCCAUUUCACUGGCGUCAGUCAAUGUUCAGUGAAGUGAGGCUCCUUGUCAACAGUCCACUGAUUGAGACGAAUAGAAAACACACAGGGAUCAGGUGACACUGCAGAGUCUCUCACCUGUUCUCUCUUUAUCUCUAACAGAAAUACACGACUUGUUGUGCAUCUUUCUUAGGUGCCAAAAGGACUUAACCAAACUUUGAUGUUUGUCAGCUUGUAAAUGAAAGUUAGCAGUGUAGUGGCUGUGACAUUGGGCGGAGCAGAGAGACUCGCAGCAGGCAGAAAGAAGCAGUAAACAAACCAAAUCCUGCACCAUUUUGCAGUUUAUGUGGAGACGUAGACACAUUUACAAGUUCACCAGUGGCCCCAAGAUGGGGUAUUAUCACAAUACUUGGGCCAUGAUAUUACAAUACGAUAUUAUCGUGAUUUUUAACAUUUUGCGAUACAGUGAGUAUUAAGUUACAAUAUAUUGCUAUUUAUAUAAUUUUUUCAACUGUUCAGCUAAUUAAGCAUUUGUCUUUCCUUUAUCCAUCCAUUUUCUACCGCUCAUUUUAUGUUUGUCUUAUUUACGCUGUAUUUUAUUAUCAUGUAGCUCAUCUUGCAAACCUUAUAAAUAUAUAUUUGUUGUACUAACUUUCUCCUGCUCUAUGAUGUCACCUCUGCCAACCUUACUGGACAAACAGCUGAUUUUAUUUUUCCAUUAUCAUAGAUUUGACUUCAUAUUAACAAUUAAUUUGAAAAAUCAAUACUUGGUAAAUUAGACGAUACGAUAUAUCACCAGACAAAAUAUUGUGAUACUAUGCUGUCUCAAUUUUUUUCUCCCACCCCUAUAACAUUUACAUCUAAUUUAUUCAUCCGCUCUCCUUUUUUCUUACCUACUGACCACCAUUGCUCACUCUCCCUCUGAUUCAGAAGAUCUUUUGUACCAACAGCCACCAGACUUUAUAACUCUUGUGUAAAUAGUAGAUAACUUUUGGAGACAUAUUAUGUGAGACAACAGACAAUUGAAUCUUCCUUCGGGGAUUAAUAAAGUUCUUCUUCUUCUUAUUCUUAUUCUGUUUUGCUAAUGGCAUCUUAACUUAAAUAUACAUAAAAGCAAACCAUCCGCAUACUUUGUUUUCAGGUUGUGGCCCUGCCCCUCAAUCUGAAUUGACCAUCAUUUAACCAAAAUUUAGCAAUUUAAUACCUUGAAAUCAGAAAACUGUAUUAUUAAAUGGUUAUCUUGAGCCCAAAUCUUACAGCUAGCAAGUUAAGUUUAAAAAAAUUCUGGAUUUUUUUGUUAUUUGUUCGAUUUAGCUUCGCAAUUGCCAUUACAUUGUACAGUUGUCUUAUUUUAGGUGAAAAUAAUGUGGGUAUGAAGUGGUUUUGAUUUCAGAGGCUACGCUGUCCUAAUUUUCUUUCCCUUUAUUAAGCAUUUUUUUUAACAUACCUACCUCGAGAAAUGAUCAUUUUAGUGAAAUAACGCUUCAUAGCUCGGAUGGCACUAGAGCGUCAAACACCAGCUCCAGCCUUAAGUCCCUCAAUAUGAAUGAGCUAAUUUCCUUUUGCAACAGUCAAGUUUUUAUGCUCUUUGCAGGGAAGAGCUUAUCUUUUGUGCGCUCAUCACUUUAGUUAAUUAAUGAGAUGACUGGUGUAUGGCUGAGGGAAGAAUCUGCUCUAUCCUAUGAGGCCACCUUUAGAGGAACCAGCUUAGCUCGAGGCCUUUGACUGAUGAAGAAGGGAGAGGCAGAACACUCAGGUCAGCAGCUCUGUCUCAUCAAGACUAAACGGAAAUGUGCUGAUUAAUAUUUCUGCAGACUGUGAACUCCAGAUCAACCCUCCAGUCAAAAAUGAAAAAAAAAUAAAAAAAAUUCCUCUAUUCAUAAAGUAAAAGUAGGUCUGCUGCAAGAACAAACCUUAUAAAAAUUGAAUGCUUGUUUUGUCUUUCAAAAAACAGAAUAAUAGGAACAUUUGGAGCCUCUUCAAGUGUAACAGAGGAAUUAAAGCCUGUUUUGUUUGUCUCUUAGCCUGUUACUAUCCAUGUUGUUAAUAAUCCUCUUAACCUCCUUUUGCUCUUUUAAUUUCUUGUCCUUCUUUCUUUGCAUCUGGGUUCUUUCUGCUCAUUUAGGUGCUAUCAGACUAUGACCAGCUGAGACAGACGUUCGCUGUAGUGAGCCAGGAGAGGGACGUGGCCCAGCAGCAGAGGAGCCAGCUCCAAGGCAAAGUAGAGAACCUGGAACAGGUUCUAAAGGUGAGGUGCUCAUCUGCCUUCUGUCACGUAUAUCUCUCUUUAAUGUGAGUUUUUCCAUCUUCUUCCAGUGGAUGUAUACCUCUGUGUCUUUACAGUGCAUUUUAUCUUCUUUGAGAGAUAUAGGCUAACAUGUAUUAUACAUCAAAUGCUAGAGUUUGAUGCAUAUUUCAGUUUGUAAGCUGUGGGUUACUAUCCCUGUAUUCCCACCAGCUAACAGCAAUGAACAGUGAGUGCUGUACCCUCUUUACCCUGGUGAUCUGUCAGCCAUAGUCAUAUUGGUGAUUUUCCCUGCUGUUUACUCAAAAUAGGACCACAAUUUACAAAAUGAGCAUUAGUCUCUGCUAAAGAAGAUAUGUCACCUAGUCACCCCUCUAUGCAACCAGCUCUCAUUAAGGUUUUUCCUUUUAGAUAUCUACCUUAUUUGACCGUUUGAGUUGUGUUAAAGCUCCUGUGAGCAACUUUUUGUCUGCGUUUUUUUUGGCGCCUCCUGUGGACAAAAUGAUAACUCUAUUUUUGUUGCUGGUUUGGCCUCAGCCUUGUGGAAGUGUUGCUUAAUGGCAAAAGUCUCCUCCUGUUGUCUUUUUCCAUAAAAUAUAUCUCUUGCCAUGAAUGUUUGCUAUGUAAAAAAAAAUACUGAGGCUAUUUUUUCAGUGUAAUCAUCCCCUCACAGCAGUUACAGGCAUUAAAAACUACAAAAGACAGAUUUCCAGUCUUGUAUGUCAUAGACACGCAUCACUUGCCAUCUCAGUCUGUUUCAUAACAAAACAAAAACUCUUUACUGUAGCUUUAAGUCACUACUGUCAACCCUAAUUUCCUAACAUGGCAGCGUCAGAACAAAGUUGUUUCAAUAAUGCAACAUUAGAAAACUUUUACUGUGAAGAAUUGGUUAAAAAAAAAGGUUUAUCAUUGUCUUUGCUUAAGUGGAGCAGGAAGCAGUGAAUGCCAAGAGUUGAUUCAGGGGACAUUGUUGUCAGUCACAAAUCACUCUGUUACUCUACUUUCUUUUGCUGCCACUAUGUCUGCAUCUGUGUGAAGGGGUUUCUGUCAUGUGUCUCUAAACUGCUUGUGUGGGUGUUGCAAAAUCUAUGUCGUGACAGAAUGUGACAUUGCUGUUACCACGUCCACCCCUACCUGACACCCGAAACACCUAAACUAGUUUGUUUACUCAAAGGGUUUAGAUUUGUUUUUUUUAGUCAGCCAUUUUUACCUUCUGUAUGCUCCAAGAAACACAUUUACCCACAGAAGGGAGAUUUAAUUAUCUCCAGUCAUGGAUUAGGCCAAACGAAUGAGUCUAAAUUAACUUAAGCUGGUGACAAAUCUCUCUUCUCUCUCUUCUUGGAGAUGAUUGAGUGAUAUCUAGCUUAGCUCUUAGUGGGAAGAAUUUUGCCAGCAUAUCUAUCUACCACAGAGUCUAUCUUUCAAAUUGACUUUCUGUUUAUCUCCCUAAAGUUAUGCAACUUUUCCGUCUGCGUUCAUCCCUCGUACAUUUCAGUCGUUUUUUUUUUUUUUGGCUCCCACAGCUCAUCGCAUUUUGAGAAUUUUCUGUCCUCAGUUUCCCUGCCUCUCCUGGAAAUAUUCCCAUCUGGCAUGCGUUUGCUCCCUAAGAAAACUUUAGAGGGAGAGCGAUGCGGCUCACGAGGUGAAGUGUCAUCCUUUACAUGGAGGCUCUCUUUCAUCGUGUUAUGUUCUGCCAAUAGAAAUCAGACACAGCCUCACUGUGCCGUGAGAGGCGCUCUCAUUACAAAUCCUUUCCUUCCUGCAUCUCAUAUUGAUUGUCUGUUUGUCACAAUGUUGAGAGAGAAAUGUACCCAUCUGAGAAAUCAUGACCUGAUCCUUAAUACGGCAAAGAGCUGUUUGUCACUUUGUUAUUGUGUAUUGAUUAUGGAGACAAAGAGACUAUUUGGAGAAAAUUACACGGGGUGAUGUGGGUGGAGAGGAGAGAUGAAAGAAAAACAACAUGAAAAAAGAGAUUAUUUUGAUUUUUAAAGAGGUCUCCAGUCAAAGCGUAUCAGUCACAGCAACGUCAGAUUUGCCUUUAUAGUUUGUCGAGCCUGAUUUGGAAACAAACAAGGGUCAUGGUCACUUCAUAUGUGGGAAUCAAGGCGUGAUCACAACGUACUCUUAGCUUUUCUGGCACCCAUAAAGGCUUAAAGUGCAUCACAAAUAUGAAGUAUAUCAUGUCUUGAUUUAACACACGCAGAGAAAGCAAUUUUAUCACAUUAAAAUUGCUGUAGUUAUCAAGUCCAUUGCAACAUAAAAAUAUUCAACAUCUGAAUAAAAAGUCAAGGUCCAGAAAAAAAACAGGGGUGAUAACACUGGGAUUACCUCGAGCAUAAUCUCUAUUCAGACUCAGAAAUAUAAUAAGAUAUAAUAUAGAUAAUGUGAUUUAUGGAGAUGGAAGCGUUCUGGUUUUCUUCGUAGUCAGAGAAUAUAAUAGUCCAGCCCAACAUUUCAGCAGCUUGUGUGGAGAAAGAGGCGGAGCACAUUGCCUAUAAUGUAAUCAUGAAUGCCAUCUGCUACAGUCUGACAACUAUUCAGCUUUUAAUCAAACACUAUAAAUAGAUAUGUGCCUGCAAGUACAGCUGACAGGCCACUUUUAGAUGUUGUCUCUUCAUCCAAACUCUGUUCUUAUUUAUCAAGUGGCUGGUUGGGCAUUAUUAACAGCAACACUCUGAAAAGAAAGUCAUGGCAAGUCAUAGAAGUCCUUCACUCUGAACUGUUAGCUCCAUAGGAAACCCUUAAAAGUUUUAUUGCUGAGAUUGUCACAAAGAAAAAAAAAACAAGGCUAAUGACAUAGUGAGAGGGUUGGACCACAAACUGGCGCAGGAACUGGAAAUAACAGAAAGGGUUUCUUAAGUCGGUCCCUCCCAGCUUCCAAAAGUAAACUUAGGUUGAAGUCACACCCACAGGUGAACCUUCGUAAAUUCGGAAUGAUCAAAUGCAGUUGUAAGCUUUGGGACAAACCUCCCUCGCUUUUUUGUAACCAUAGUUUCAUGUCACAUAAAUCUAAAAAUGUUUACAUGAAAAUACUGAAGUCUUACUUCACAGUAGGGCUGGGCGAUACGACCUCAAAUCAAUAUAACAAUAUUUUGAGCAGCUCAGCUCGAUAACGAUAAAUGGAUGAUAACUACUCCACAAGCUGCUCACCCCCUCCCACAUUAACUUCGUCUACUUUAGCCACUGCUCCAGCCACUACAACUUUUGAACCGUCCUCCAUCUCCUCACCUGUCUUUCCUUUGUUGCGGACUGGAUGGGGUGGAGUCACGUCUCUGAUGUAGGACAGCAUCUUAAAGGGACAUGAGACCAUAGCCUACCUAAACACAUUCAAAACCAACUUUUAUUAAUUUAUUUUUUUGACACAGAAUUUUCCGAUAUGAGCAAAAUCACAUCGGUUAUUGUCAUAAUUUUGGGUUUAUCUCCCAGCCCUACUCCACAAUACAUGGUAAUCCUGCUUAUAAAGACGGCUAUUAGCCUGUAACCUGGUUUUUAGACUCUUGCCAUUUGCAGAGAGAAGGACUAGUUUGCAGUGGUUUGAUAAAAUCUCUGCUUUCUACAACUUGCCAUAUUUUUUUAAAACUUGAACCUUUGCAAGAUUUUGAGUUUUACUUUAAGUGUAAUCCAAGCCCAGAAGUAAACUAUAAGCCUCACCUAAUAUCUAGAUCUCUGCCUUUUACAUGUUGUGUAAAUGACCCUUUUUCUACAAGUGCGUCAAGACUCCAGAUAAAAGAAAGCCUUUUCAACAGUUGACAUGACACCUCAGAGAGUUUACUGGAAAUGUAGGUUAGUUUAUCAUGCCCUAUAGCUGAAAAUCUAAGGGUUAAAAAAUGUAGUUUUCUCGAAGUCUGCCGUGACAGCCUCUCAGCCAGCCCAGUUCUCUGCAGCUUAGAGCCUCUCCCUGAUUAUGCAAAACAGUUACUGCCUGCUCAGGACACCUCCAAGCCACUCUGGGAGGUAAAGAGGCUUUUCUUUUUUCCUUUUUUUUUUCUUUUUAUAAGGAAGAGGGAACAGAGAGAGAAAAUGAUGAAUGUCAGAGCUUUCUAAGCUGCCUUUUCUUUUUAAGCCUGGAGCCACAUCUUAUGGCCUUGACUCAGUUUCGGUGAGAUGUGUCAGCCUGUCGUGACUCAGUGGAUGGAUACUAUAUAGUCAUGACUCGGCUAAUUUAGGAAAGACUAGAUUUGGGAUCAGUGUGGGUGACCAUGCGUGACAGCUGAGUCAGUUGAGUGUAUACAUAGAGGAGCAUCCGAUAGGUGUAUGAUACAUAUUAUAUAACAAGAUCAGCCUUUUCAUACUUAUCUUCCUUAUUUUCCUCAAAGCUUGAGACUGCAAAAUUUAACCCUAAAGUAACAGAGCAGCUAGGAGUGAUAUUAUUUUUGCUUUCUUGCCAAGAGAUUUCAAGGAUAAGAAAUGCUGAACAAUGUCUAUUGCAGUGUGCUUGCUAAGUAUAGCAUGAGCUUAGCAAAACAAACACACACUUGGCUAGAUGUAUUUUAUUUAUGAAUUUUGAUUUGCAAAGAGUUAGACGAGGAGAUCUGAUGCACACAUCUGCAACGGCUUUCACAAGCAUUGUGAGUAAGCACGAGAUAAAAUGAAUGUCUGACCCAUAGACUGUAUAUACUUUUGACAACUUGGCUCCACCUUCUGUCAUUAUAGGAAUUUGAAGCCGAAUUGUAUUUCCGAGAUUUUCUUCACUUUCUAGAACCAACAUUGCGCAGUAGCAUUGUACACAUUCGGUGGUAGAGUCGCCAAGAGUCGCUGUGAUGAUGCUCGACUCAAAGUGUCAAUCAUAGAAAACAUGAACCCCCUAAUAACUUUUAAAAAUGGAGCUGCACGGAAAAAAGAGGACUUGAGCACAAACCAGUCUUACAGUAACUACACAUCAACAUCGCAAUCAAGGGGGAGAAAAAAAUUAUAUUCUGUGUAAUUCAUUUCUAAAGUUUGUCCACAGCUCCAUAGGGAUUGCUGGAGGAGGCCGGAUUUAUGACCAACCCAUGACUAGGGGGUGCUGUUCUUGCUGUGGCUUCACCCAGCAAGGAGGCAGACGGCGUCCAUUCUAGACACAGUCUUUGGUCUGACCAGGUGCUCCCUGAAGUCUGCACUCCCAAAGAACAAGAACUUUUACUUAUUUACACAAGAAUGAGCUGCAAUCGUUAGUUCCACUUUAAGGAAGUAAAUUUUUUAAAUUUGAGUUGACCUGUUUUCAUAAAAUCAGUGUUUUCUUCUGAACACACCACUGUUGGAGAAAUUAAAUCUAAACUUUUAAAACCAGACCAAAUGAGGAGCAUAUUAAAUCUAAAAGUCCCUAAAUUUCUUCACACAACCACGAGGAUGCAGAGAUCCUAGCAGUCAGACAUUUUAUCUAAAUAUUCCCUGAAAGCGUUGCCAUCCACUGCAAAAUUUACCUUCCUUCUAUUGCCUUGGUAUGACAAAGCAAUAUUCUGAUAAGCCUUUUGAGGGCUAGCUACACUGAAUUUGUCACCCUCAAAAAAAGAGGUAAUUUAUCAGUGGCUGUUAUGUGACACAUAGUGAUACAAGUAGUCAAUAUCUUGUCCUUUCUCCUUUUUCUGUUUCUCACCAGCAUAUGCACGAGGCUGUAGAGCUGAAGCAACAGCUGCAGAUAGAGCAUGAGCAAGCCUUGGUGGCCCUUCACACCAAGCAGAAGGAGAUCAAUCAACUGCAAAAGGUAAGACCAUAUGGAUGAAGGCAAACAACAGCUUCAUCUCUGUCCUUUGACAUAAAUGUUCUGGGUCAUCUAUUUUGUGAUCAGAGGAAACUGAAGCUUCUUGUUUCAGAGCUGUUGAUGUGUAUGUGCUGAGUCCCUGUCACCGAAUCGCUGUAACUGUAUCAGCAGAUUAGGUUUAGAAAUGCAGAUUCAGCUUGCACUUUUCAUAUUGUUUGAUGGCGGGAUGAAGAGCUCCCUUUUUAAAAUGAUGCCUUUUGAGGAACAUUUAUACACUUUGUGAAAAUCUGUCAGUGUGCAGACAUGAAUUUUCCUGUGUGUUGGAUUCUGUCUGCUACUGUACCCUUUGAGAUUGGGAUUUAUUCUUCAAACAUCUGCAGAGGAAAGAACUCAGAUAUCACACGGGACUCAAAGAUAUUUUGGAUAUUUCUGUGGCUGCUAAAAAGGCCUCAGAUGUUUAAAUAUCCUGGGGUUGUAUGACCAAAUCUGGCCCAAAUGUGAUUUCUACAUAAACUAAAGUAAUUUUUAAAACUCUGAAGCUACAUCCUGGUCCUGCCCAGCCUUUGAAAAUACUCUCAAAUAAGACAAAAGCCUGUUCAAAGUCCUUCCAAAUGAAUUACUAACAUGUAAAUAUCCUCAAAAUAUCCCCUGGUUUAAUUUACUCAGGCUUUGGCGUUGUCUUAAAUGAGCCAAAAAGAGCUUCUUCAGAAAUCUGUCGCUUGUAUUUGUCAUUAUUCUCCGAGUGAACACAAACAAAUAAGCUGAGGUUAUUUCAACAAUUAUACAUGAAAGCUGUAAACUGCUUUUACUUGUGCUGCCAGCCACUUUUUACACAUACACACACCUACAUACACACACACAAACACCCUAAAAUAAAUCCCUCACUGCUCAUCAGAGCUCUGCCAUCAGGACUCUGCAUCUCUUCCAGUACCAGAGCUGUGAUCAACCAGUGAGCCCGUGCCAGGGUAUUGGGCUGACAGUUUGUCAGCUGUGUGCUGUCUGUUGUACAUUAUGGACUAUGAUCACAGCGUCAGCUGUCACUGUGUGUUUCUUUGUGUUCUCUCCAAGCUCAGGUUCAAGCUGACCAACAGCAUGAGCAAGUAAUACACCUGUGAGAGGGAGACUUACAUGACCAAGACUUUUACCUUCUUGUUAGUGGUCUUGGGUGUGUUUUUCACUUGAUGUAGGCUAAUGAAUAAUUAACAAAACUAAUCAAUAAUCACUGUACAGGUCAGGAAUGUAACAAAAGUUAUCUUUAACAAAUUAUUCAAACAAACUAACCAAAGUUAAUGUCCCUUUUUAGAUUUUAGCGUAAAAUAGAUUUUUGUGGUCUCUGGAUUUUUCAUUUUUGUGUGCACAUGUGUGCUCUUCGAUUUUUUAAAAUAUCAUUUAGGUAUUUUUUAAGUUAACUAUCAGUACAACUCCUAACUUUGAGGCAGAGAUUAAAAAAUGGUGUACCAUGACACUAUCUUUGACAAUUAACAACUGUCCCAACAAAAAAAAAAAAAACAGGAUGAGAGAUAAACAUUAUUAACUCUUCUUUUCUGGACAUUACCAAAGGGAUGCCCCAAGGUUCAGUGCUGGGACCCCUUUAAUUUUCAAUUUACAUAAACAAUCUCUGUAAGAAUUUGUCAAAUGCAAUGUAUCAUUUUUAUGCAGAUGACACCAUUAACUAUAGCUGUUCAACCUCACUCACUCACUCACUCACUCACUCACUCACUCACUCACUCACUCACUCACUCACUCACUCACUCACUCACUCACUCACUCACUCACUCACUCACUCACUCACUCACUCACUCACUCACUCAGGUUUUUGAGUUUUUACAAGCUGCUUUUAAUGUUAUCCAGUCUCACUUAUAUGAUUUUAAAUUUGUUUUAAACAGAUAAACUCAAGCUCAUGGUUUUCUCUUAUAAAAAGGUGCUACUACUUAACAUUACAAAUAUUAUAACAUCUAAAAAUAAACCUGGACUUGGGUUUUAUCCUAGAUCAGGAGCCGUCAUUGAAGCACAUAUGAAUAAUAAUUAUAGAAAUAACAGUAAAGAUUCCUGAUGCUAUCAUAGAGAUAUGUUUUUCUCACAUUGUCAACAGGAAGUGAGGAGGUCAUCAAGUGUCCCCUAGCAUUUGUAAUCAGGUUGUCUCAUCUCUCUGUUUCACAUCUCUUUUCUUUUCCUUGUUUUUGUUAUUAUUCUUUUCUUUUUCUCAUUUUCUAUCUAUUAAGGAAAAAAACUGUGUGUGUGCCUUCCAUUUUUUUACCCAAGAAUUAUAUUUUUUACUACAGCUGUCAUGUUUAUACCCUAAAACAGAGUUUAAGCUGUAAAUUACAGCUUGAGAUGUGAAUUUCACAGACCGGGGACUGGCCUUUUCAUCAAACAGUUGUAAACAAAUGCUUUAUUACUGUGUAUGUAAUAUGAUACACCAGUUCAGGUGGUGACUCAUAUAGGACAGCUUAAAGCAAACAGUGGCUCAGACAUUGUGUUUGCAGUUUUAUUCCUCCCUCUGCUUCUCUCUUCUUCUCAUCAUUGUCACAUAACUCCAAACUUUUCCGUCACCACAGUCACAGCCUUUCACAUCGCGUUAAUCCCGCGACCGCGCUGACCUCGAUGCCUUUUAUAACUUUCCCCUGAUCAAAUCUCUGACCUUCUGUGCUCCAUCACAGUCUUUAAGAUGCUUGUCAGCGGCUCAUCUACACGAAAAUAUUUUCUCAUUUCACUCCAAAUCCUUUCGACACGACAAUAGGGUGUAGACUUCUUUGAGUGUAGUUCAAGUGAGGUCAUGGUAUUAUCCGUGCAAAAGCGCUUUAAUACGAUUUUGGUGAGCAGGCAGCGCUAGUUUAACUCUGAUGAACAUGAAUUCAUGAAAACUCCUCUGCCAAGGAGUUCCUCUUCUUUCUCUUUUUCAAAUUGACUGAAUUAAUCUAUAAACUGUUAAAGGAUCAAAUGACAAACCUCGCUGCGCUUUCCUUGCUUAACCCAUACUUUCCAGGUCUUUUCUUUUCUUUUAGUCCCUCUCACUUUAAGUUUGCGCUGAUUUCACAUAUUUAUCAGUGCUGAUAAAUAUUUAACUGUUUUCUAUCCUCUGCAUCAAUCACACCUUCAUCUAUUUGUAUGUUUUUCACUUUUAAUUUCUCCUCAGUCUUUAUUUUCUUUUCUGUUUUCUUCCUCUUCAUCCGAACAGAACAAAAAGGACAAAAUGUUUCAGGUAAAAAAAUUCAGGUUAUUUAUUUUUCUCAAAUAACUUUCAUCUUCAUCUUUUGUUUGCAUUGAGAAAAAAGCUCUUGCUCUUAAACCAUGAGUCAGCACUUUGUGCCAACUGAGAUUUAUAUGAGCUAAACUAAAGAUCUAAUACUUGCGUACACCCCCUCUAUUUCCUUUAAUUUUCCUGUGUUUGUUAUGUGGUAUGUUUUGAACGUCUAGUAAUCCUCUUAACUCUUUCUAGUACUCAAGCGUUGUUAUCAGUGUAGCCAUGUUAUGUAUCAGCGGCAGCAGCAGUGCACAUGACUCCACACUUCUACAUGAUUUGAUAAGACUGCAGGUUUCUAUCUGACAUGCUGCUAUAAGCUCAAAAAUGGCUCUUCAGGGAUCCUUUCCUAAUUAGUUCUGUUGCUCAUCAGCGUUUGCAGAUUACACAUUCUUCAGAGAAUCUGUAUCUGAACAUAACAUGAGGAAAUCAACUCCAAGCUUUGGGCUUUUACCCAAUGAUUCACGCUUCAAAUCAGUGGUUCUCAAUCAUAGACCACAAUGACCAGCAGGUGGCGAUAAUCAAGAGGGAAUUUUUUUUUACACUCAAUUAGCUGUAUUAGAAAUAAAAUAAAAAAAUGCAUCGUAAGGACACCGUAUUUCAAGUCUAUAGCAUUACUGAACAGCCCUUUCUUACUCAUAUUGAAUUACUUAAUAAACCAUUGAUUAUGAGGCUGUGUGUAUAGAUGACAAAAUGCUACAUAAACAGUGCCCUUCAAAAUAAAAAAACAGGAUUUGACUUCUUGACUUGCCCAGGUAGAUGCCUGCGACUCACUGUAAACAGGUCUGUGACCCAUCAGUUGAGAUUCACUGCUCUAAACCCUGCUUCCUCUCUAUCUACCUCCCUCUUUUCUCUUCUCUAUCAAAGGUCAAGGUUCAUGACCUGGAGCAGAAAUGCAGGUCACAGAGUGAACUCUACACCCAGCUGUCCAAAGAGCUACUGAAUUUCCAUUUGCAGUCAGAUACUGUGGACAUCCAAAUAAUCAAACCUAAUUCCACGUCCGAAAUCCCCCUUACACCCAAGAGGAAACUUCCACAAGCACAGACAGAGACAGGUGGGCCAAGACCAAUUCACCUUUUUCUACUCUCAAAAAUACACCAUCAUUUCCAUUAUUAUAAAUGUUGAAAGGCAUUGUGGAAGUGGUGUUUGUUUACAGUUGAUUACACUUUCAAGAUAAUAUUUUUUCUUUGUUUUUGACUGUGAUUUUGUGUGUUUUAACUAAGCUGCAGCCUCUGAUGUUCAGUUAAUGUCUGGAAUUACCAAAAGUGUAGUCAGUUAUGUUGUGCACACUGUUGUUUGGUCAGAUUAAGAUGCUAAAAACUCAUUUUUAUAGCAGGUCUGAGUCAGUGAAAUGCACUUUUUACUCACUCUUUUCACUGUAGACAAACCCUGAACCAGAUUUCAUUUGAUCAGAAGGCUGACCAACAGUGUGAAAGACAGUCAGCGUUGUUUAAUCCCCAGACAGCUCACAUAACAGAUAAAUGGGCUCACUGCUAGCUAGAGGUGGACCCUAUUAAAGCCAAUACUGCUAAAUCAUGAUCAAUAUCUUCCCUAAUUGAUCAGAAGCCUGAUGUAUGACACGAAUGUGGUUGAACACAUUAGUAUUCUAACGACACAUAGAGAAACCUGCAGAUCCAGCAGAUUGAGCAAUAUCAGCGAUGUAGAUUUAUACAGUGUGGCACAGACCAAAGGUCUUUGAAGUGCAGGAAAUCCUGUUUUAUCUUUCACUCUACAUGAAACAGAAGAGGGACUCGCUGAUGCUUUUUCUCCUAAUGCAUAAUGUUACCCCCUGAAACGGUGCUUUCAGGUUGUCGAUUUCCUUUCAUUUCCUCAAGGAAUCCAGCCGUUCACACUCUUAUUCUUCAUUUUUUUUCUUUUGUAUUUCCCUCAUUCUUCAAGUGUAUCUAUUUUCCCCGAGGGCCUGAGCGGUAUUUAAGGUCAAAUACAUUGCAGAUGUGAGAUGUUGAUGAGGGUGGAAUAGCCUUUGCCACGAUGAGUGUUUGCUGUACACUCGCUUCAACAGGAGAUCAAUAGCUGUGCAAUGAGCAGCAAAUGGGUGCAGAAGGAAUGACAGUUGCUCUUUAUUUGUUAUGGAAAUCAAUGUCUCCUAGGCGAUGAGAGCGCGGCUAACACGCCGCUACUGAUCUCCCAGUUCUUGCCCCGCACAACACAGACUGGAGACAGAGAAAGACCCGAGCUGCUGUCUGACAAAUUCAGCACUGUGACAACGGACCGCCCCAUCAGCCCUCGAAAGCUGACCUCCUCCGAGGUAAUUCUACAUUUCAUUGUAUUGAUGUGAGAAUUUCCUGUGUAGGUUGAGGUUCAUUGUCAUAUUUUCUCACUAAAUGGUUUACUUUGUCUGAUGUUCAGCUUAUAAUGUGAAGGAAAUUGGGUUGCUUCUGUUGUUUACACAUAGAUGGAGGAUGAGGCCAGCUCAUCGCCCAGGUCCAAGCCUCGCUACACAGGCCAGGUCCGCCUUUGCACUGCCCGUUACAGGUGAAUAAGUAGUGAAACUACUUUAUUUAUUCCCAUUUGAUUCAUUAAAGGACAUAAAAUAGCAGGUAUUUUGCAAAAUAAAGUUAAAAAAAUAAAAACUUCUCCCUUCAGUUAUAACCCUUAUGAUGGACCAAAUGAGCAUCCUGAAGCAGAGCUCCCCCUUGUGGCUGGAAAGUAUCUUUACGUUUAUGGGAACAUGGAUGAUGAUGGCUUCUAUGAGGGUAAGAAAUAUUGUGAUGCUGUUUUUGCACCACUAGACAUUGACUUGUGAGUCAGGUUUAAGCAGGUAUGUCAAAGAUGAGCCUUGAUUUCAGAACAGCCAAACAUCUAUGUGUUUGAGUCCUUGCCUGCUGUUGUCAGGGUAAGCUUCUCAGAACAAGGACGCCAUGCUUGCUUAAGAUGAUCAUAUUCUUAGAUAGAUGAUUUAUUUCCAGAGAACUUGAUAGACACCAGUCUUGCUGGGAAAUUACAUGUCUCCUUCAUGCAAGAGGCCAACUAGUGCCAUAGCAUCAGUAUACAGUAUUUGAAUAGUCUAAACACAUUUGUAUACAAACAGAGAUCAGUUCUGACACACUGACAUUUGGUAUUUGACAUCUGAAUUGUUUAAAUAUCCUUUUAAAAUAAAUAUGUUAAAAGCAUUGUUAGAGCCUGUACACUAAACUGUUCCCUGAACUGUUCAAAGUUUUUUUGGGGGGCUAUUUUGCCUCGGUCUAGGUGGGUCUCUAUGCUGUUUUCUAAGCAUGUAUGGUCUUAUGGUUGCUAGAGAUGCACCAAUCCUUUUGUUUUCCUGAUCUAAUCCGAUACCGAUACCUGGGCUGAGUGUAUUGGUCGAUACCGAUCCAAUACUACUGUUGAACGAAUGAACUGUAUACCUGCCCCUGUGACAUUAGCCUUGUUAAAAAAAAGGUAACACAUUAACACAGAUAUAAAUAUACUUAAUAUUAUUUAUUAACAAAUAACAAAUUGCACAUUAGCACACAGCAAAAAGAAGUAAGACUUCCAUGUCAACAUUUAGUGCAAACAGACGUAGAAUAUAGAGCGAACAGAAUCGCUGUGUUGCUGUGUAUGAUAUUAAUUAAAAGAAAAAAAAAGACUGGAUCGGAACGCCGGAUUAGCGUCAUUCAUCAGAUAUCCGAUCAUCCUCCUGUAAUAUCAGAUCUGUUAAUUUGUCAAUAUCGGAGCCGAUAUCUGAUCCAAAUAUCAGAUUGGUGCAUCCCAAAUGGUUUCUUUGUUAUAGAAGCUGUCUUGGGCACUUCUGCUUUCCUUUGUUGUGACAAUAAAGUCUGUUGUAAAUGAUAAGAGAAGCCCUUCACGUCUUUUUCCUGAAACUGAAUAGUUUGAUUUUAAUAAUUUUAACUGAAGUGCUAAGCGGGCAGCUACUAAAAAACAGCUGAUGUUGAGGGGGGGUUUUUGUGCUGAGAAUGCUUUUAAAAUUCCUAACCACUCUAGUUUUGUAUGGAAAACGGGAGCUGCCAGAGCACACAACAGUGUUAGUGGACACAGCCUCUCCUCUGAUUGUACAGAUAGAGAGAGGUAGAGCAAGUUAAGUGAUAAGAGUGGCGAAUGACAUGCAGCAAGGUCACAAUCAAGCCUCUAACCUUUCUGACGAGAACUACAGUCUCUGUAUGUGCCGCGUAAGAUUUAACCCCUGGGUCCCAAAGGUUCCAGUGGUAAAGCUGUUUACCGUGAGAUCAUGCCUCUCAAGCGCUCAUGUCAAAGUUUUCUGACCUUUUUGUCAUCAACAUAAUCAUCCAGUUGACAUUUUACCUCCUGUGUCAAUUACUUAAACGUUUGUCCCUCUAUUUUCCACUAUAUGACCACGUUAUUUCACUAGACCUGUGCAGGAGGAAACUUUGAGUCAGUGUUACCAAGAAAAAAAUCCUAUACAUUUCUAAUAUCUAGUGAUUGGAGAGAUUCUCUGUCUAAUCCCUUUAGAAUUAUGAAGGCUUCUCCAUCGGAGGCAAUCCUAAUCCCCCCAGCUAGCAAUCUUGCAGACAGCGCAGCCUGUUACAGACACAGUCGUACUCAGCUGCAGUGAUUCAUUAGCUGUGGGCGGCAAGAUUGCAUGGCAUUGCUAAGGAGCUGUGUAUUUACCAGGCAGGAAGGAGACUCGGGCCUCAGACCAAGCUGUUGUCAAGAUGGGACCCCAGUCCCUUUUAGCUUGAUGACUAAUCCAGCGGGGCUCAGCUUAAUCAUCAGCAAACACCAACAACACAGGAGCACACAGCCGCGCACACAUACGCAGACACACACAGAUGUUCUUAAGGUAUCUCGGGCUACUGUGGAAAAAGGGAUUGAAGGACGAGAUGAUAUGGAGCUUUUUCUGAAGACAGACUUAUGCCCUUUGGGAAAAUAAAAACUACAGUGCAAAGCAAAGCUGUUUUUUUCUCCUGUGUUGACCACAGCAGCUACAUGCUCAGGGCUGUUCCUGGAAAUCUUCCACAGCAGUGAACUUAAGUUCAAGUUCUUUGAAAUGUUGAAAAGGAAAAGUGUUCGGUGUUUACUGGAGAAAGUAAGAAACAGGGCGUUAGGCAGCGGUAAAUCUGACAUCUUGGGGAAGAAUGCAUACUGUGUGUUUACAUAUCUCACUCCUCUCACUUACUGACUCAUCUCAACCCUCAAGGAAAACAGCUCCCACCUGUGGUUUUAUGUAUUCAAAUUACAGCUCUCUUUUUGUCUCUGUCUUGCAAGAAGCUUUUAGCAAAACCAAUUGCUACUUGACUUUUGGGACUAUUUGGAUUAUAUCAAAAGAAACUUUAUCAUCAGUCAGUUGGUGUUAUGUGUUUCAUCCAAGUAAAUUUGUAUGUUUUGUAGACAUGCCUCUUUCUCUUUUUUUGUCACAGGGGAGCUGCUGGAUGGCCAGCGAGGACUUGUUCCCUCCAAUUUUGUGGAGUUUGUCCAGGACAAAGAAAAACCAGCAAUUCAGUCCGGGGAGGGAGGGGAAGACCUGGGCCCUUUGGACCAUACAUCCCUGUCCUUAGUGCCAGUGGAUGGAGGUGUCUCCCAGGACAACCUCUUGGGCUCAUCUAAUGCCUUGGUUCCCUGUAGCAAUGGGACAGGGGGGCCCCUUGACCCCGAGGACCUGGCUGACGAUGUAGUGCCUUAUCCCCGAAAGAUCUCCCUGAUCAAGCAGCUGGCACGGAGCGUCAUUGUGGCUUGGGAGCCUCCUAUAGUGCCUUUGGGCUGGGGGAACGUCUCUGGCUACAACGUGUUGGUAGACAGGGAGCUUCGUGCCAGCAUAGCGUACGGUGGUCGGACCAAGAGUUUGCUGGAGAAGCUGGACCUGGACGGCUGCGUUCAUCGCGUGUCGGUGCAGUGCGUGACAGACCGCGGUCUGUCCGACGAGCUGCGCUGCACCUUGCUGGUGGGAGCUAAUGUGGUGGUGGCUCCUUGUGGUCUGCGGGUGGACGACAUCCAGCGUGACACUGCCGAGCUCUCCUGGUUGCCUAGUAACAGUAACUAUGGUCACACAGUGUUCUUGGAUGGAGUGGAACACGCAGUGAUGAAGCCAGGAAGGUAUAGACUACGUUUUCACAACCUGAAGCCCCUGACGGUGUACAAAGUGACAGUGUUGGCACAGCCACACCAGGUGCCAUGGCAACUGCCACUGGAGCAGAGAGAGAGGAAAGAAGCUGGGGUGGAGUUCUGCACUCAGGCUGCAGGUCAGCAAAGCUCACUGAUAUACAGAGAGAUACAGCAUGAAUAAUAAAUGUGUAGCCCCGCAGCAGAUGUUUGUCACUAGAGUUAUGCUUGCUUCAACAUGUAUAAAUUCAUAUUCUGUCAGUAUGACAAACAGAUAGAGAUCAGUGCUAAUCUGUCUAACCGUAUCCAGUAUUAGCUUACCCGCUGAAGAUAUGUAUUGAAGGAAACAGCACGGCAUUGCCUUACCAUACAAUUUUUGUGUAUUGUAUUUUGUCUAGGUCCAACACCAUAUUGCAGAACAGGUCAGAAUGAAACAUCAGUCCUGGGCUGGGUUUCCUACAUAUCUGAGCACUUAAACCUUUUUUUCUGUUCCAAAUCAAAGCGAUGUGAUGAAAUUAUAAGUAUGGAGAUACUUAUAGUCAUUGCAGUGGGAAUGAUCAUUUAAUAGACUUUGUAAAUUAAGGGGUUUGGGCAAAACGGCAUUUUUUCUGGUCCAGAAAUUUGAAAAUUCUUUUCUUAGAUUUAUCAUCAUAUGCUCAUUUGAGUAUUUAUUAUGUGGUAAAUAUACUGUGUUGAUGGAAACCGAAUUCAAAUGCAAUUUUGCCCAAGUUUGCUUACUUCACUGAGCACAUCACUAAUUAGAAACAGCCACGCAUCACAAGAUAUGAUCAGUUAUUAAUUCAGAUUAGUAAUUUCUUCAGCCUACGGCCAAGCCUGUAGUAACCAGGGCUAUAUAAAGCAAUGCCACUUCACUUUAUCUAAACUGAAGCUCUUUAGAUGAAUGUGCAUUUACUUCUGUUUGGAUGCUGUUGAGCACGUCACAUGCAGUGGACUGGAGAGUGUAAGAUAAAGAAUGGGUCAACAGUGCUUCUCUAGGAAGGCUGAGAAGCUUGCUUUAAUUAUUAUUAUUAUUAUUAUUAUUAUUAUUAUGAUUAUUAUUAUUAAUCAUGUAUUUUUUUGUUUAUUGUUGUUAUUUUUGUUGUUUUUGUUAUUGUUUAUUAUUAUUAUUAUUAUUAUUAUUAUUAUUAUUAUUAUUAUUAUUAUUAUUAUUAUCGUUGUAGUUUUUAUUAUUAUUAUCAUUAUUAUUAUUAUUGUUGUAGUUUUUAUUAUUAUUAUUAUUAUUAUUAUUAUUAUUAUUAUUGUUGUUGUUGUUGUUUUUAUUAUUACUUUUUUUGGUUAUGUUACAGUACAAGAGUAAGUAACAAAGUGGAAAAUACAGUUCUGUAAUAAUUAGCUACAAUGUUCAAGUAACCUCCUUAGUUUGCUGGUUAAGUUUAUUUGAUAAGCCAGUGGUCAUUUUAAGUUUUAAUAACUUAUCAUACACUGAACUUAAUGUCAUUUUUCCACAAAGCACAGCACUUGAAUGUCCUCCACAACAUUAUCACAUUAUCUGCAUGAACUGUGUAUUAUGCCAGAACAUAAAUAAGGUGUUUACUUUUUAAGAAAAUUCAGAUUUGAAGUUAAAAGAGAGUAGACCCAGUUUAUUUCCUGAAUCCUCCUCACCCCUCUUUUGGUAUAUAACUUUCUUUGCAUGAUUGUGUGUGUGAUGAAUGCCCCACUCCUCUUGCACUUUUUCCAUAUAUUUGCUAUUUUUAAACAUUAACAUCUUACACUUUUCCUUAUAACCCUUCUCUUAUCCACCCAGGCCCUCCACAGCCCCCUGUGGAUGUGCAGGUUCUCUGUGGACAGGCUCCAGGGGUCCUACAAGUCCACUGGAAGCCCCCUAACCUCUCUCCAACAGGCACAUCUAAUGGUGCAAAUGUAGUUGGUUACGCAGUCUGCACUAAAGGACAGAGGGUGAGUUAGGAAGGGUUCAUCCUGGGUUAAAGACAUCAGGAAACAAGUGACAUGUUUAAGUAUCAUUUGAAGUAUUAAGGAACAAGAAAAUACACAAAAAAUAUGAGAUCUGUACCUCAAAACCAUACAAAACACAAAGGUGUGUUAUUAAUUCAUACCUAAUUCAGUUGAACCAUCAGAAGCACAGAUGGGAGUGUACAGCCCCUCUUGUUGAGAUAACAUUAUGUCAUCAGAGCAUUGAGUGUACACAACAGUGCCACCUAGCUGUGAAUUAUGUUCAGUACAAGACACUUAAGCACCAGACCAGCUGGAAGGUUCUCACUCCCUCUGGUGGCCAACAAGAUAAACAAAAGUGAUUUUCUUUUUUGACAGCACAGUCACUUCUGUAUUAUCAUGAGCGCUACAAAUUCAAACAAAAGAAACUUCAAAACAGUUAAAAAACUUUUUCCCUCCUUAGUCUGAUCAGCACUGGGGUUGAAACAGUGUCCUAGUGUUUGUACUGGAGGAUGAGAAAGGAAAUAUGUUAGGAAAACUGUGUCCAUCCUGCUCCUUCCCUAAUAUAUUUCAGUUGUUGUUAAAAAAAAAACAGUUAUGCAUCUUAAAUUGAUAUUACCAUCCAACUUCCUGUUUUUGAAUCCAGAUAGCUGAGGUGUUGUUCCCGCUGGCGGACUAUGUUACUGUUGAGCUGACAAGGAUUCAGUGCCUGGAGGCGCGGGAAGUGAUCGUCAGGACGCUGUCAGUGCAGGGAGAAUCCCAGGACUCCCAAGUCGCCGUCAUUCCAAACAACCUGCUUGUGCCUCUUCCUGCACUUCCCCUGCCGCCGCCGCCAGUACACCCCCACGCAGGACCCCCUGUACACCCUCACCCUCAACCUCACCUCCAAUCCCCUCGCCUUCCUCAUGGCCCACCACAACUUCCUGCCCCACCCCAAGCACACGGACAACCACUCCAACCCCAUCCUGCACACCCUCAACCCCAUCCCAGACUUCCCCAUCCAGGUGGACCCCCUCAACCUCAACUUCGAGCCCCACAUCCACAGCCCCGACCGCUACAUCUUCAGCCCCGCCAGCCCCACCAAGGUCCUAGGCCCCAGCACCAACUGCCUCUGCUACCCCACCCCCAACACCACCCUAUACCUCAGAGACCAGUAUGUGCCAGAGACCUGGAUGCCAAAGACCACGCAGCCCACCAUGGGGGACCUGUUCAGCCCGGACAGCCUGGCUGGGACCCCACACGCUCGCCCUCUUCGCAGCCUCCCGUGUCCAUGCAAGGUCACACUCUAGAGGCCCCACAGCUCGGCAAUCCACGCUCUCCGUCCCCACAGAGGAUACUUCCGCAGCCGCGGGGAACGCUUAUCCCGGACACUGUGGCUAAAGCCAUCGCCCGAGAAGCAGCGCAGAGGGUGGCAGCAGAAAGUGGAAAGGUCUGAUGAAAACUGAAACACUGAUUUAGAAUUAAGAGAAAUUCACAGCAUCAAAACUACUAUGGAGUAUUAAGGCCACAUUAAGAAAAAAGAAGACUUCGAAAUUAAAGUAAUUAAUUUAUAAAAAUAAAAUCAUUUCUAAUGAGAAUAAAGUCAUCAUAAAAUCAUUACUUACGAGAAUAAAUAUGUAAUAAAAUCAUGACUUACAAGAAUAAAGUCGUAAUAAAGUAAUUACUUAUGUAAAUAAAGUUGUAUUAAAAUUAUUAUGAUAGGAUACUUAUGAUAAUGUGGUACUGAUGUGCCAAAAGAUUAGUAUCUCCGUGUUUGAGAAACCUAUAUUGAAAGACAUUUUCACGAAAUGCUCCAUGGCUCUGAUUUCAACAAUUAUCAUCUAAAACAACAGGUUAGAAUACGAGGACUUGAUUCCUACAAGUAUUUACUUUAUUACUCGUCUGACUACUGACUUUAUUCUUGUAAGAAAUGAUUUUAAUACGACUUUAUUUUUCGUGAGUAAGUACUUUUUUACAACUUUCUUUAUUCUUGUAAGUAAUGAUUUUAUUACUACUUUAUUCUCGUAAGUAAUAAUUUUUCUAUGACGUUAUUCUGGUCAAUAAUUACUAUUUUACAACUUUAUUCCCACAAGUUAUAAUUUUUUAACAACUUUAUUCUCGUUAGUAAUUACUUUACUAUGACUGUAUUCUUGUUAGUGAUGACUUUUUUCUUCUAAAUUAACAACACCAAUCUUUUUUUCUAUCUUAACUUGACCCUUAUACUCCGUCGUACAAAACAAACAAACAAACAAAAAACAAAUGCCAGGUCUACUGCAGAAAUCCAUAACCAAUAAAACUAAGACGUGCUUUCUCUCAAGUGCCCCUGUUACAAAGUUUCUUCACUUGUCAUGACUGUUUACAGGGAGACAGGCGACAGGGCAGAUAUGGAGAGCAGGGUCAUACAUUUCACCAGCAUCACUCUGAUGAGGAAGAGGAAGAUGAAGAAGGAUAUGCUCGUGGGCGUCGGAGAGGACCCUCAGUUGAUGAGUUCCUGCGAGGAUCUGAGUUGGGGAGGCCGGUAAGAACAUCUAGUUAUCCAGUAAAUCUUCUACCUUCACUUGAACUGUAGACCAUUUGUUUUUUAGUGGAAAACCUCUCAGGCGUGUGUGUGGAAGUGUGUUUGUGUGUGUGCAGGCAUGUUUGGGUGGUUGCAUGCAUACACUCCUUUUUCCUGUGUUUCUGUUGUGUUCAUGUGCGUGUGUUCACCUAUCCAUGUGCGUUUGGUGUGUGCAUGUACGUGUGUUUGUAUGUAUGUAUGUAUGUGGACUUAAACACUUGCGUCUGUGUGUUUGUGUUUGUGUGUGUGACUGUUAAAAGCCUCACUAUGGUCACAAUGAAGAAUAUCACAGCGAAAGCAGCCGGGGCUCUGACCUGUCUGACAUCAUGGAAGAGGAUGAGGAGGAGCUGUACUCUGAGAUGCAGCUGGAAGAGGGACGCCGGCGCAACUCGCACAACACACCCAAGGUGCAGUUCUUUGCAGUUACUUUAAACUCGAAAGCCAUAACCAUCCAAAUUAAGUAUUACCAUAGUGAACUGCACAGGCACAGAUGCUUCAACUGAGACUGAUGCCUUAACUUGCUUUUGACAUGUGUUGUCAGUGAGUGUGCUGAGUUACGUUCAAAUUGAUAGAAAAGAGAAAAAUUGAGAAAAAACAAACAAAUCGUGGUGCAAAGACUUCAGCACUGUGGUGAGGACCAGAGAAAGACAGACAAGGUUUGAAAGCUGAGAGUGAUUAUUAAUGAAUAGAAACAACAAUGGAGCAAAAGUAUCAAAGAUUGAUUAUUAAAGGUUUGUGGACCAGAUGGGGGUUUUACUUCUGGAGCAAACUUGGUAUUUUUACUGAUUUAUCUAGCAUACUACAUUUUUAAGCCAAGAUCGAAUAUAAUACUUUUACACUCAGUUGGUAGCUGUAGCCCAGGAGAUAUGGUGCAGGCUAUUAGUAUGACAGGGGUAGCUUGGCUUCAUGGCGACCCGCAGCCGGAGAUUUGAAGAAUGCUGGCACUGUCAGACUGCAGCAGCAGUGGCAUCUUAGCGCACUCUGAGAGCAGAUUUAGAUGUUUGGGCUCUGUGGAGAGAGAUGAAGAAGUUGGUGUGAAUGUGUUCAGCACCUUGGAGAGAGACACAGGCAGAGACUGGCUCUGGACCAUAGACUGUAUAUAGAAUGGACGCCGUCUGCCUUCUUGCCUGGUGGAGCCACCGUGAGAACAGCAUCCUCUGGUGAUGGUUUUCAGUAUAGGUCAUAAAUCCCGCCUCCUCCAGCAAUCCCUAUGGAGCUGUGGACAAACUUCAGAAAUUAAUUACACAGGAUAUUAAUUUUCCUUCCCCCUGCUUGCGAUGUUGACAUGUAGUUACCGUAAGACUGGUUUGUGCUCAAGUCCUCCUUUCUCUGUACAGCCCCUUCUUUAAAAGUUAUUAAGGGGUUCAUGUUUUCUAUGACUGACACUUGAUACAGCCUAUAGACAUACGAAGAUUGCGUAGCUCACCCAGGGGAUACACUAUUUGAGCCAAGCGUCAACACAGCGACUCUCUGCGACUCUCCAUGUUGGUUUCAGGAAGUGGAGAAAAAACCCGGAAAUACCGAGAGCUUUUUGGCUUCGAAUCCGUAUACUGGCGGAAGGCGGAACCAAGUUGUCCAUAGUAUAUACAGUCUAUGCUCUGGACAUUUUAGCGCUGUGAGAUGAGACAACACCUUCACAUAGACAGUGGGAACUGAUACCUUUGACACAAACUCACUUUUUUCUUUUUUUUUUAAGUUAAAUUCAGCAUUAUGUUAUCAGUAUUUGCCUAAUUUUGAAAUGUUGAACUGUCUCGUGGGCUUGUGUGUGUCUGAGUGUGUCUAUGCGUCUGUGUUUCAGUGAGCCUGCCUCUGAGUGCUGCAUGAUUUUGUUUACAUUCAAUUUGUUCAAAUACACUGACAUGUUCUUAUCUCGCACACAGUAUUUGUACUUUCCACACGACUGUGAGCAACUCAUGAAUGUUUAAUGUUUGCGAAUAUUCCCUGUGUUGAUGUGCAUUGCAGACAAACGCUUCUGCCGGAGGCCGUCAUGACCGAGACGGUGGGAGAAGAGUUCACCACGGUGGUUCCCAGCCUCACAGAAGGCCUUUAAUGGUCCCCUCCAUUGGUCAGUAUGGGCAGGUGGCUGGAGAGAACCAAAGAGAAAAUCUUGAUUUAGAAAUGUACAUGUUACUGAAAAAUAGUGUUUGUUGCUCUUCGACACCUUCAUGAGCUUCUCCUCGUUGCCAGAUCACCUCUGUGUCUAUAAACCAUGCUCAUACCGUUCACGACAUAAACACAAAUAUUUAUCAUGAAGACAGUAUCAGCUGACUUUACCCUUAAUCUGCUCUGGACGAUUCAUCACAUUGUUACCAUCUGUUCCUGAAUUAUCAUAGCUAUCUGUGGUGUUGGAGAGAGUAAUUGCCUCUUACGAACAGCAGUUUUUAUAACCAUAGUUCUGAUUUCAAAGUCCUAAAAAGGACAUAGACAAUCCUAAGUGAUGACUUUAGAUCCUCUUCCAGUCUAAUAAGUCCUUUUCUCUAAUUGUUGGACAGCAAAAGGCCAAAGCAGUCCUCAAGAUUUAAGUUUAAAGCUGCUGUAUAGAACUUUUGGUUUGUGUUGGUUUUGGUGCCCCCCAGUGGACAAAGUUAUAUCUUUUGACCUGUAUAUCAGAAAGUAGUUGCAGAUUAAAAAACUCAUCCUGUUGUCUAUUAAAAGGGAAAUAUGUCGCUCAAUGUGAGUAUUUACAAUUUCUUCGGCCUGUUAUAAUCAUCUGGUCUGACACCUACCCUCUCACAGCAGUCUCAGGCAUCAAGAUUUAAAACUGAGAAACUUUCACCUUCGUUUCUGAUGGUCUCGUUUGAUUUCGAAGGUCAUAGAGAGGCAUCUGUCAGUUUGAGUCUAUUUCUCACCAGCUGAAAACUUCUCACGGUGCCUUUAAGUGACUUACUCCCCCCAUAGAUUUGUUUUCUCUAGAUCAAGUCAUCACACGAUAGAUGACACCACCAGAUAUCAGUCGCUAAAAAUGUACAUGACUUAACUCAGAUCCAGCUCUUUCGGUGAGGUCAUCCACAGUUUUUGGACCCCCACACAAAACAUUCACAUCAAAAACCUCCUCUAUUGUGUUUUAUCCUAGCCUUUGCUCUGAUAACCUCAAAAAGACAGUUGUUCAGUCAUAUUUCUCUCAGUCAAAGUGGAAGAAAAAAAAACACCUUUUUUCCCCCCUAGAGAAUAAACAUGCAGAUGUUUGUGUUUUCAUUUGAUUGUGUUUUGGAUUCUGUAAAAAUGUUGCUAGCAGGGUUACUACUUGUUCAAGAAUACACAUCCUGGCUCGUCUUCAGAGACUUGCCAGUCAUCAGCUGUAAAAUUUAGUUGCUGGCUCUUUAGGCUUUAUAUAACCAGGCCACCAGUUAUAUACACUCACCGGCCACUUUAUUAGGUACACCUGUCCAACUGCUCGUUAACACUUAAUUUCUAAUCAGCCAAUCACAUGGCGGCAACUUAGUGCAUUUAGGCAUGUAGACAUGGUCAAGACAAUCUCCUGCAGUUCAAACCGAGCAUCAGUAUGGGGAAGAAAGGUGAUUUGAGUGACUUUGAACGUGGCAUGGUUGUUGGUGCCAGAAGGGCUGGUCUGAGUAUUUCAGAAACUGCUGAUCUACUGGGAUUUUCACACACAACCAUCUCUAGGGUUUACAGAGAAUGGUCUGAAAAAGAAAAAAUAUCCAGUGAGUGGCAGUUCUGUGGGCGGAAAUGCCUUGUUGAUGCCAGAGGUCAGAGGAGAAUGGCCAGACUGGUUCGAGCUGAUAGAAAGGCAACAGUGACUCAAAUAACCACCCGUUACAACCAAGGUAGGCAGAAGAGCAUCUCUGAACGCACAGUACGUCGAACUUUGAGGCAGAUGGGCUACAGCAGCAGAAGACCACGCCGGGUGCCACUCCUUUCAGCUAAGAACAGGAAACUGAGGCUACAAUUUGCACAAGCUCAUCGAAAUUGGACAAUAGAAGAUUGGAAAAACGUUGCCUGGUCUGAUGAGUCUCGAUUUCUGCUGCGACAUUCGGAUGGUAGGGUCAGAAUUUGGUGUCAACAACAUGAAAGCAUGGAUCCAUCCUGCCUUGUAUCAACGGUUCAGGCUGGUGGUGGUGGUGUCAUGGUGUGGGGAAUAUUUUCUUGGCACUCUUUGGGCCCCUUGGUACCAAUUGAGCAUCGUUGCAACGCCACAGCCUACCUGAGUAUUGUUGCUGACCAUGUCCAUCCCUUUAUGACCACAAUGAACCCAACUUCUGAUGGCUACUUUCAGCAGGAUAAUGCGCCAUGUCAUAAAGCUGGAAUCAUCUCAGACUGGUUUCUUGAACAUGACAAUGAGUUCACUGUACUCAAAUGGCCUCCACAGUCACCAGAUCUCAAUCCAAUAGAGCAUCUUUGGGAUGUGGUUGAACGGGAGAUUCGCAUCAUGGAUGUGCAGCCGACAAAUCUGCGGCAACUGUGUGAUGCCAUCAUGUCAAUAUGGACCAAGCUCUCUGAGGAAUGCUUCCAGCACCUUGUUGAAUCUAUGCCACGAAGAAUUGAGGCAGUUCUGAAGGCAAAAGGGGGUCCAACCCGUUACUAGCAUGGUGUACCUAAUAAAGUGGCCAGUGAGUGUAUAUACCAUAGACCCAUUAACCCCAACAAGCCUUCGUGCUAUCUUACAUCAGCUGAAAGGGGUUUUCUGGUUCUACCCAGAGUCAGACUGAGCUUUUGUAGUCCAGGCUCCUAAACUCCAGAAUGACCCACCCUCAGUGAUGCAGGCACUUCUCUAAAUCCUAACACGUCACUUGUAUGAACUAUUAUCUCUGUGAAAACAAAGAAAUAGGUGUUUCACUUUUUAGUGUGUUUUAUUUUAUUAGUUUACAAUUCCAAAUGUUCGAACCCUUGAAGCACUUUGAAUAGAAAAGUGUUAUUUAAAUGAGAGUGAUAACUAUGAUGGUUAAAGAUUCAUCACAGGAAGCUGUAGGAGUAUUGCAAAAUCAUGAGUUGACCUUCUGGGAAGAGCAUGUUGACUUUUGCUUUGUUACCCAAUCACUUUCUAAUUGGUGUUUUCUGUAGAAGUAACCUCUGAGAAUAACAGUGAGGGAAACCCCUCCCCCAUCACCGAGGAUGGUAACUAUGGCAGAGUAGCUCGGCACAGGAAGUGGUCAUCCCGCAGGCACAUGGGCAGCACCAGGUCUCCCCAUGGUAUGUGCCUGCAGUCCUGUUUCUAUCACCACAGCAUGGUAACAAAAAUGCCACCAGCAAAUGGCAUAUGGCAAGACGUAGCUGUGGACACCUGCAAGUGCCUGUUUCUAAGUAAUAAUAGUUGUCAUGAUGCUUUCUGUUGAACAGCAUGACUGCACUGCACUGAUAUAGCGGCCCCACUGUAAAGCCACACCCGGGUUCCAGGUUGAACGUUUUCACAGUUGCAGAUGAUUUAUGAUUGACUGUUCGGAGAAUGCUUCACUCACUGCACUGAACUUAAGAUGCCUGCUAAACCCCUCCCCUUUUUGGUACAACCACACCUACAACACUGGAAAUAAGAGCAGUCGUGCAUGGAAUAUUAAGAAACACUAGCGAUUCAAACUAAGACUGACCACACAUUCACUGCUGUCUUCUUUAAGAGUUUUUUUUUUGUUUGUUUUUUUAUACUUUAAAGUUUCAAAUAACAGCUGUUGGAAAUGCAGUCCUCCCUGACGAGUGUUUCCUGGCGCAGCAUUAACAUUUAAACGACACCUUCUGUAGGCUGGGAGUAAUGCAUUUCACAUCAGGCUUGUAUUUUAAAGCCUCAAAUCAAAGCUCUUGCACUACAGUAUUACUCUAGAAGCCAACUUCUAGUUAUGGACAAGCUGUUACAACAACUCUGCCACAUGUGCUUUAAACUUCCUGCUGUGACAAGUGCUGGCAAGUUGUGGAAGUUACAGAAUUUAUUUUAAAUUAUAUUUUGAUUGUAUAUGCAGAAAAAAACAUGAGCACUUUUGUGUCUGUCUGGAUGCAUGUAUGAGUCUUGGGUGUUUUUGCUGUCGUGUCAUACCUCUGAACCACAUUCUGUCUGUGUACUGCACCAUGGUUUGUCUUGCACCCCAUUUGUCCUUCACUGCUUUGAAAACAGACCAACAUGUUAGACUACAUGUAGUGUGUAUGCCUGCGCUACAGUGCAGAAAAAAACUACUUGAAUAGUUCUCUGACCACAGUGUUUUUUUUUUACUCUGCAUGCUGACGAGCACAAAUAGAUGUACAGGAACAACAAAAUGAAAUCCUUCUGUUGAUUUCCUUAAAGCAUGGUUAGAUAUAUCACUAAGUUGUAAAUGCACUUAUUGAGAUAUAAGUUUCUGUCUGAGGUAUUUUUCAGGUAUUGCUUAGCACAAUUAAAGGCUAGAUGUUUACAUAACACAAGAGAGAAAACAGUUUUAUACAAUAGGGCUUGGCGAUAAACCGAAAAUUUACUGAUACCAAAAUGUACGACAAUAACUGACGUCAUUUUUCCCAUAUCGGAAUAUUCGGUGUUAAAAUAAAUAAAUAAAUAAAAGUUAGUUUUGGGUGUGUGUAGGUAGACUAUGGUCUUAUGUCUCUUUAAGACUCUGUCCUGUGUCAGAGACAAGACUCCACCCCAUCCAGUCCGUAACAAAGAGGGAAAGACAGGUGAGGAGAUGGAGAACAGUUCAAAAGUUGUAGCUGAAUCGGUGACUGAAGUAGACGAAGUUAAUCAGCUCGUGGAGUAGUUAUCAUCCAUUGAUCGUUAUUGAGGUGAACUGCUCAAUAUAUUGUGAUAUUGAUUUGAGGCCAUAUCGCCCAGCCCUAUUAUACCAUGAAACAAAGUUCCUGCUUCAUGUACAGGAUCUGUAUCUUUGCUUGCAACACUGCGGUAAGUAAAGCAGAGUGAUGGAUUAUUUUGUCUUAAAUGUUUUUAAAGAUGGCUACAGGGACCGCGAUCGACGCUCUCCCACGUACUAUGAUGAGUCAGAACCUGAGGAGUCCUUCCGGAUCUUUGUGGCUCUCUUUGACUACGAUCCUCUGUCCAUGUCCCCCAACCCAGAUGCAGCCGAUGAGGAGCUGCCUUUCAAAGAGGGACAGAUCAUUAAGGUGGGAGUUACUUUGAUGAUGGACAACAAAAAUUAAACACUACCACCUAACUUAGAAGCAGGAAGGUGAUUUCAACCAAGUCCCCAUCACUGUGUUUGUUUGGGCGGGAAAAAAAAGGUUGUUUAGAGUCCUAAUUGUUAUAACUUAGUCCUGCAAACCUGGAACAGACGCUUUAGAGCGGUCAUCUCUUUUUGCCAAGAGAACCAAAAGACAAACAAAAGGGUGCAUGGGUGCUGUCUUCAUCAUUGCUUAUCUGCUCAAAGAGAACAGAAAAAAGUACCACAAUCUUUGGUAAAAUUUUUACAGAGACAUCAAGUUAAUUCAAAGGUGAAACUUAAAGGCUGAACUCUAAAAGACUAAUCUUUUACCACCUUGUGUAACAGGUGUAUGGUGAUAAGGACACUGACGGCUUCUACAGAGGAGAUAUAAGAGGCAGGAUGGGGCUCAUACCCUGUAACAUGGUGUCAGAGAUCAGAGCUGAGGACGAGGAGACCUUGGACCAGCUCAUGACACAGGGCUUCCUGCCACUCAGCACACCUGUGGACAGAAUAGGUACUACACACAGUACAUCUGAAAAGUAUUACAACAUUUCAAUGUGUUACAGCCUUAUUCCAAAAUGGAUUCAAUUCAUUUUUUUCACCUCAAGAUUUGACGCACCAUACCUCAUAAUGAAAGGUGAAAAAAGUUUGUUUGAAACCUUUUUUUAAAUGUAUUAAAAAUAGUAAACUAAAUAUAUCAUGUCCAUAAGUAUUCACAGGUGCAUCCCGUUUGUACUCGUUAUGAUUCAGAUGUUUCCACAGCUUGAUUGGAGUCCACCUGUAGUAAACUCAGCAGAUUGUACGUGAUCUGGAAGGCACACACCUGUCUUCUUAACGUUUGAUGGUUCAUUGUGCAUGUCAGAGCGCAUACCAAGUCAUGAAGUCAUGAAGGCAAAGGUCUAGGGAAGGGUACAGAAACAUUUCUGCAGAAUAGGAGAACCCGGCCAAAAUAGCUGUACCAAUCUUGUAGCAUCAUACUCAAGGCUGUAACUGCUGCCAAAGGUGCAUCUACAAAGUACUGAGCAAACAUUGUGAAUACUUAGGUACAUGUUAUAUAUUUUUUUAAUUUUUGAUACAUUUGCAAGUUUCAAACUAACUUUGUUAGGUAUUGUGUUAAAUUUUGAGGUAAAUCAUGAAUUUAAUCCAUUUUGGAAUAAGGCUAUAACACUGUGUGCUGUGAAUUCUUUCUGGCUGCUCACUUUUCUGGACAGAGAAAGAUUUUGUGUUUGAACAAUGUGGAUGUCAAAUGAAAUGCUAUUUCAUUUGUUAUUGCUUUCAGAGCAGAACAGAAGAGGACUCAGACGAGAUCAAGCCUCGCGGAGGAUGGUUGCUCUGUAUGACUAUGACCCCCGAGAGAGCUCUCCUAAUGUUGAUGUGGAGGUAUCACUAACUACUAAGGACCUCUUGCUAAACAAACACAUACUUGCAGAAUCAAGGGAGUACUUGAUCCCUGGAUAACCAUGGAACAGAAUAAGGAAGUAUCUGAUUAAGUCAUGAUCUAUCUGGACUGCAUUGCUGUAUAUUCUCUUCUGUAUCUCUGUCCCCUGAUAGGCUGAGCUGACCUUCUGUGCUGGUGACAUCAUUGCUGUAUUUGGAGACAUUGAUGAAGACGGAUUUUAUUAUGUAAGUACAGCUCAGCCAUGCCGCACAGUUUAUCCCAAUCAAUCCAUGGCCAGAGGAAUGAAAAUAAAAUCAAAGUGUGAGAUGUUCAAAGAUUCACACUUUAAAGUCCCACUCCGGUUGAUUUUGUUUUUUUAUUAAACUAUUUAUCGUGUUCUCAGUGGUCUUUAAGUUGUGAUUAUGAAGUUUUUAGCUAAAAUAGCGUUACUUGUGUCACUUCUAAGGGCUUUUCUUCUGCAGAGCUCCAGUAGCUCAUUAGCAAUUGGCCUCUGAGUCGUGGGUGGAGACAGCGCUGCUCUGCACACUCCUCUUCAAGUUAGCUUGCAACCUAACGUUGCCGGUGUAGUAGAAGAUAGGAGCUUUUCAGCUCUCGGACACUAAUGUCUUUAGGGACACAAUGAAAGUUAAUAUUAUGAUUAGCUUCCUUACGAGCAUUGCAAUCCACUAAUGCACACGUUUGUUCAACGAUCAUCCUCUCAAUUUCUCUGAGUCUGGCCUGCAUAGCGAGGCUCUGGGGGCGGAGCUUGGAUUUGUGAUGUAGGAAAUCUCACUGAAUCUGAACCUGCCGUUUGGGUUUGCCAGAGAUUCACAGCGAUUUGUGUGCAGAAAUCCUCAGAAAUGUAAUUUUGCACAUGUUUUUCUCAUGGUGUUUUCCGUAGCAUCAGAAAAAUGCCAUAUGAACAUGUAGACGACAAGAAAAACAUGAUUUUCAUCAGAGUGGGUCUUUAACCAUAAUGAGCAAAUAAAUCAAUAACAGCUGAUUAAAGGGAUCAGAAAUAGGAAACUUCAAAUUAUUUGACAUCUUUAUCUAUUCAACAAAAGGAUCAUUUGAACAGAAAAUGUCUUAAUACCAUCCCUGUUUAUCAAAUGUGUUUCCUCAGCAGUCAGUCUCUUCUCCUUUACUCUGUCACGCUCAUGUCUAUCAACAGGGUGAGAUCAAUGGCCACCGUGGUCUGGUUCCCUCUAACUUCCUGGAAGAAGUGCCUGAUGAUGUGGAGGUGUAUCUUACCGAUACUCCAACCCACUACCCCCAGGAAGAGCCUGCCAACCGGCCCCCUGCCAACUCCUCCGCCACCGUCUCAGAGAGCAAACGGGUACAUCAUCAUCGCCGCUCUCAGCGCUAGGCCCUGUGUUCAUCCAUCCUCCGUCCUCUCUCUUGAUUUCCGUCUCUUGCUUCCUCCACCUGCCGUCUGUGUGCUGUUCAUUGUGUGUGUUUGUCCAUGUGGUGACAGUGGUGACUCUUUGCAAACUAACAACCCCCACCCCCUCUCCUCUCAACCUUCGGAAAAAAAGGGGACAAAAAUCCAGUGUUUAACACCUUUCUGAGUCUCAGAGAAAGGAAGAAGCAAAGCCUGACAUGGACAGAGAGAGGAUAGACUGUGGGAGCUCUGCGGGUGAUAUUUGCAUGUAGCACUGGUUAAAGAGGACUUGAAAAAGGCUCAACUCAUUCCUUACACAUGAUAAUUUGGUACCUCUUUGCACUGAAUCUAAAAAAACCUGUUGUGGUUAUUGUGUAUAAUAUUAAGUGCUUUAUAACACAUAACAAUUGCUACCCAAUGACACUGAGAGAAAAUAUAUGAAAAGAAAACUAAAAAAAAAAGAGCAUGCCUUUUUCAAACUUGAUACAUUUUCUAAGAACUUUCUUGGCUCGACUGCUGUAUUUCCUUGAAGAGGCUUUGUUUCUUUAUGUAUAUUGCACACACAUCAAAUCUAUUUUUCAGCCCUAUUGUCAGUGGAUAUGCAACGUUUGCUCUGAGCUCGGGAGACUAAACUAAUCGCAGCACUGAUACUUCCAUACUGUGUUGUUACAAUGGAACAAUAAAAGGAAAAAUUGGAUAUUAAAAACGACCUUUUUGCGCCCUGUGUUCAUGUGUGUUGGUGGUGUUGUUGACGUUGUUGUUGUUGUUUUCAGUUUUCAUAGUGGUGUGGGUAUUAGCGACAGGACCGAUGCUGCCACAUCUGAUUUCUUUUUUGUUUUUCCUCACCCGCUUGGCAAAACAAAACAAACAAACAGAGGAAGAUUGUUCAUUUCACACCAUAAAUGGCUCUGUCUGCCUUGUACAGUAAGUCGGCAACUUGGGAUACCAGGCUCACGGAUUUAAUGCAAACAGCUGGGUGUCACAGUAGACACGUUAGUGCCAGACUGUAUCAGGAGCACACUUUGCAAAUGUUCCUGUAAUCCUCAUCUUUCACCAGCCAAAUCAGAUUUAUUGUACGCAUUGUUUUAAUUUGCGUCACUGUACACAUUUUUUUAAUCUCCUUGAACAAUUUUUCAAGGAAUUGGACUUGAGUUUGGAUCAAACUUUACAUUAAAAUUCAAGUAUCGUCUAAAUGCUUAACCAUGUGUCCUGCUGCUGCAUUAGAUGACAGCCUGGUUUCCACAGUUGUGUCCCUGGGUGUCGUUUUUGUAUAUGACUGUACUCUAUGUUCCCUCCUGGCCUAACUGACUGCAGACUCCUUUUCUGACUGUGGUGUGCUGAUGCCGUGCUCAACAUAUCCUGGCUUCCUCCUCCUCCUCAGUGUUUCUCCUACAUAUUAACUCUUUGUGUGUGCGUGUGUGUGUUUGUGAUUACAAGUCCCAUUUGUACUGUAAAUUUAAUACAAAAUUUACCUGACAAACCAACACACGAUUAUUCAAAGAUAAACUCAAUGUGGACUACAAUCAGGUUGACUCAUUAUGAGUACUCUCUAGGCCUCCGCUUUAAUUUGAAAUGAUGGAUAAAAAAUCAGAUUUAUUUAUUUUUGUUUAAUUUAAAGUAGAAAUGUUAAAAUAAUGUGUAGAUGGAUGAGAAGGUAGAUAAACCUCAAACAGAUUAGCAGGGUUACAGAUAGAAAAAUGACAAACUACAACAACAACAAAUGGAUGGAAACAAGUGAUGAAAUGCAGCAUUAUUUGUACCGCUAACUCCUUAAGAGGUCCUAAACUGACCCAAGCUGAUAUUAAGCAGGAGAUCCUGAAUUAGUCACCAGUCAUGAUAGAAACACAAGGACUUAAAUCUAAACUGUGAAUGUAGAUAAAGUUAUAAAAAAAAUAGUUUAAAUCCUUUAUUUCCAAGGUUACAUUUCCAAGAACCCAGAACAACAACUUCUUUGUUACAAAAAAGACAUCAGUAAGUAACCUUAGCCCGUCUGUUAUACACGUCUGUUUAUUUACAACAAUCAAGUGAAACGAGUCUACAGCUUCUUCUUCUUCUUCUCUAAAAACAGAGAAACACUAACAGAUAACUGAAAGCCUCAUCAUCUGAAUAACAGUAAUGCUUCUUUUGUAAUACACUGCCCCCUGCCUCCACACCUCCCCAUCACCUCUCCCCUCAGGUCACCACAGAAACCACAGACACCGUCGACAAUGACACCAUCCCUGUCCGAGCACCAUCCCCGAUUGUCCGGCCCCUCCUCCCAGGCACCAUGCGACCCCUGAGCCCCACCAGGGCCCCCCACUUGCCUCUGGACCCCCGUGACUCCCAAGAUCUGGCAAACAAGAAGAAGAAGGGGCUGCUUUCCAAGGGGAAGAAGCUGCUGAAGAGACUCUCCCCUGUGAAAUAAAAACAAGCAGCGUACAUGUACAAAAAUGUGCACAUGCUGGGCUCUGUAUAUUGCAUCCAUACAAUCAACUCUGAUCCAACAUCACGUGACAGAGAGGAUGUGAGCUUGGUCUCCAGGACUGUGUGAGCCUGCUUGAUUAUAACCAGUGAUACAAAUAUCCAUGUUUGGUGAUGGUACAAAUCAGCUAAAUUAUGUACAGUGCAGUGCCAAAAUCAAGAGAGAAACCUGCAGACACAAAAAUUAAUUACUGUGAUGUAUUUUCAAUCAAUGGAUGGCAUAGAAAAAAACUCAAAAACUAGGAUUUUCAUGACAUUUUCUGUCUUUUACCAUUACAGAGCUACACAAGGCAGCAGGGUAGCUGUGAACUCAAAGCAUCGGGUAACAUUUAAGGUUUUAUAUUAUUACCAAAUUUUUGUGGAUUAUUUUCAACAUGAUAAACUAUACUGAAAAAUCUCCAAAACUACACAGUAAUGGAGGCAUUCUGUGGCGUGUGCUAUAGCUGCUAACACAAAGGCUUUAUUCAGUGCAAUAUCAGAGAGAGGUAGUAGCAUAAUAUGUGGUAAACCAGAUUGGCAUCAGGGCAUUAAAAUCCGAAACACCGGGUGAGUGAAGCUGUCUCAGUGGCCUUUUAUGAAAACAAAACGAGCGUGACACUCCUCCUUUAAUUUCCACUCGUUCUCUCUUUUUUUGUUUGUUUUUUUUGUUUCAUGACUCGUUCAUUGUCACUUUCAAAAAAAAAAAAUCAAAAACAGUCGAUCUGUUUGUUUUGUCCCGGCUGUCAAACUGUCAUGAAACGCCUAGUUCAAGACUCAAUUUUGUGUCUGUCUUCCUAUUGCACAAAGAUGGGUGUUUAUCGUCUGACAGUUGGUAAGACUUGUUUUGCGUGCCUGUGCGAGUGAGUAUGUGAUGCAGUCAUGCUUUGCACCUUUUAUGUUUCUUGUUCACUUUCUUUUAUUUGUUUUCUGAAGGAGAGGCCAUGUAGUGAUUGGUCCUGUAAUGUAGUGAUGUGCUGCUACCUCCAUUGCCUGUGCACUGUUGAGUUCUGUUUCAUGUUAUUCUAUUAUAAAGGGUCAUGUUAAAGCCUCACAGAAAUUACAAAAUGUCAAAGUGCAUUGUUAUCUGGUUCUGUUUCAUCUAUAUACUGGGCUCUGUGGAGAACUUCAUACAUCACCGUAAAGAGUGGACUUCGACACAUUUACAUUUGAGAGGGAAUCUGGAGCAGAAAUGAAAUGUUAAUCCAAUGAUCCUGUAUAAUUGCAGCAAACACAUUCAGAGCCUGAGAACACAGAUUCUAAUUAGUACUGCCAAUACUCAGUUGUUGCUCCAUUUACAUUGUCAGCUCACAAAAUAAUGUUGUCUAUGAAACAAACAAAACCUAUUUGCAUCAUGACAAUUCGAUAUUUUGGAGAAAAGAAAGUGUAAUUACGUCCAUAGAAGUGACUUAAUUUCAGACUUUUUUUGACUUUUUUUUUUUUUGUUGUCAGCGUAAAACGAUGAAAAAGUGUGUCCUGACUUUAAAACAGCAGAGUUUCAUGUGAUCAAGUGAAUUAUAAUCAACAUUUGAUCUGAUUUUUUUACCAGAUUUGAAUCCCUCACUCCUCAAAUAAGGGAUCAUGUUUGGUAAAUGGGUCGGUCUUGGGGGACAGUAAUCUGCACAACCACCUGUUCAUUAUACAUCAUCCCACUUAUUACCCAACAACUGAAAAAAAAAUCAAACAGACAAAUUUUGAUCUAAGGAGGAUUUCAUUGAUUUUAAAAUGAUCUAUACUGCUAUGUUUCUACAGUCAGUAAUGUCUCCAUAGCAACAGAUGUUUUUCAGUCUUCUUGAGGGAUUAAUUAAUUUUAACAUGAUCAUUUUAGGUUUUGGUCAAUUUUAGCCGUCAUUCACAUCAAACUGAGAGGUCAUUGUUGAACUUGUGACUCUAGUUGUCUCUGGUGUUGAUUUUGCUACUAAGAGUUAAGUACAAAGUAUUAUCCAAAAUGACCCCAACAUUAAGCAAAUCCUUCACUUUUCAAUUAUGGUAAUCAGAAAUUUGGAAUUUUAAAUUAAACCUUUAUUUUUUUAAAAUCUCAUCACAUUUUUCGAUGAGUUGAAAGACAACAGAGGGACACAUUUAUUUCAAUCUCUGCUUAUAGCUUUCAAGUGGACAGUGAUGGUGCUACAAGAUCAUAGAAAUAACAUUUUAAUUCUGAAAUUCAUUUUAAAGCAUUUGACAACUAAAGAGAAGAAUGGCCCACCCACAGUACUACUAAUAUUUGGUUUUCUGCUAAAUGACUAAAAGUCUUUAAUUGGUAACACAAGCGUAUCUGUUUCUCAUAAGUUUAACCGUUUUAAGAGUUUUCUCAGUUUAACUAAAAAGAUAAAAUUCCACUUUAUUUAAUGUCAUUUCUCUUUGCCACUUUGCACUCGGGCAAAAUAGCAGAUCUGAAUCCAUCUUUUGAAACAGGGUUAUCCUGCUGUUACAUUUGACUAUCAUUGAACUGUAAUGGCAGGAGAGGGUUUUUGCCUAAAGGGAAUGUAAGAAAAGUUUGGCUUUCAUUUCAUUAUUUUUUUGUUCCUCUCAUUCAGUCUUAAAUCCUGUAACACGGUGUCCCAAAACCAAAUCAUCCUCUCUCAAAUGGGGUAGUGUCUCUAAACGCUGUAGCUCUUUUGUACUUGGAUCCAUUUGUAGAUACUUUCUAAAUGUUUCUACUUGAUUUUACGACAGCCUUUUUGUUAGUGUACUGAGAUUUCCUCCCCCCUGUAAAAGACUGCGAGCAUUCUCCAUAGUGUCCUUUUGAAAUCAGAUGUAUCAGUCCACCGUAUGUGCUUGCUUUGUGAAUUCAAAGUCUGAAAAAAAGAGAAAAAAAGAAGAUGAGAAAUCAUUGGACAGUAUUUAUGGUGAUUAAUUAUGUGUGGGUGUGCAUGUGAAAAAAUACAACUUUUAUAACCAAAUUAAAUUUGAUAUUUUUUAGAAA